AUGGUAGGUAUUCCUAAAUGAAUGGAUAUGGGAAAAUAAAGAGUAUGCAAUAAUUCAACUGAAUGCAGUUAGAGAUGCAAUAAGCAGGGCUUUUUUUCAGCCGGAACUCUCUGGGACUCAGUUCCAGCACCUCUCAGGUAGGCGCCAUUGCCAUUCUAAAAGAACAAGGGAGGCAUUCAUGGUGAGCUCCGGCACCACGUUUUGUAGAAAAAUACAACUGGCAAUAAGGGAAAUACAGAACAAACUUUACCUGGUGUAAGAUCAACGCUGGUGCCUUUUUUGUUUCUUUUGGAAGGAAGUAUUUCAGUCAAGGUGCAUGGAUGCAAAAAGGAUUAAUAAAGAACUGUGAUCUUUUUACAAUAAAUGAGCAUGAAGGUUUAAUCCCGUUAGGAACACAUCUUUUGUAAUUUGAUUUCUUACCUAUUAAAAGUUGCCCAACAAAAAUUCAAAAAUGCAGUGAUAAAUUCAGGGCACUUCCAAAAUUCCAAAAUGAAUUAAUUAACCAAUCAAAACUCCCCAAAGGGUUUGUUGAAAAGACAAAAAAAUGAUGCCGGCAAAAGAAUAUAAACAGGUGAGCUGGCCCAGAGCACUGCUGCAUGGUUAUGGCAUGGGCAAAACUACAAUUAUGGGGGUAGGGAGACUCACUGAAAUGUUGGCAUAUAUUUUACAGUAUGUCUCAUCCUAGUUGCAAAACUCAGUACAGUGGUACCUCGGGUUAAGAACUUAAUUCGUUCUGGAGGUCCGUUCUUAACCUGAAACUGUUCUUAACCUGAGGUACCACUUUAGCUAAUGGGGCCUCCCGCUGCCGCUGUGCCGCCACCGCAUGGUUUCUGUUCUCAUCCUGAAGCAAAGUUAUUAACCUGAGGUACUAUUUCUGGGUUAGCGGAGUCUGUAACCGUAUGUAACCUGAAGCGUCUGUAACCAGAAGUACCACUAUAUAACAAUGCUGGGAACGCAAUACUGGGAGUAAUAUAGGAGCCGUUAGUUAGUUAGUUAGUUAAGGUAAAGGUAAAGGUACCCCUGCCCGUACGGGCCAGUCGUGUCUGACUCUAGGGUUGUGCGCCCAUCUCACUUAAGAGGCCAGGGGCCAGCGCUGUCCACAGACACUUCCGGGUCACGUGGCCAGAGUGACAAGCUGCAUCUGGCGAGCCAGCGCAGCACACGGAAACGCCGUUUACCUUCCCGCUGGUAAGCGGUCCCUAUUUAUCUACUUGCACCCGGGGGUGCUUUCGAACUGCUAGGUUGGCAGGCGCUGGGACCGAGCAACGGGAGCGCACCCCGCCGCGGGGAUUCGAACCGCCGACCUGACGAUCGGUAAGUCCAGUUAGUUUAGUUAAUAAAGGGCAGCAAUAAUAGUAAUCAAGGGCAAAGCAAUUUGUCUCUUUACUGUAUAUAUAGGAGUUAGAAUUCAGCAAUUCUAUUUGAGUUUGUAAACCCAAGAUGACUCCACACAGUUUGAAUUAAACCUUUUAAGUGGUUUAGAUGCUGGUCCUCAACUGAGGCUCAAGGGAAUAUCUUGACGUUAGCAGCAAAACAAUAUAACACAAACCAGCAAUAAAAUCGUUGUUACAAAAGCGUCUCCCUCUCUCUGCCGAGUGAUAGCAAGAUUCCAGGGGCAUUCCAGGCACUCACCCAGGGUUUGUGUCCCUUUGAAGAAUUAAGACACAGCGAGACUGUCGAAGCCAGGACUGUUGGGAGUCAUUCUGCAAAGAAACAGUAAAGAUGUUUGUACCUUUAAGAACAGUUUCUGUGAGCUUUGGGCAGAUUGGGUACAGCUGGUCAUGACUACAAAAGGAGGAAAAGCUGCAGUUUGAAUUUGCCUGAAGGAAAAACACCCACAAGCUUUGCUGUUUUGUAAUAAAACCUUUAUUUGAUUUGGUUUUAUACUGGUCUUGUGGUGUCAUAGCUUCUGUCAUCUGCCACCAGAGGGAAAAACCUUUUUAACAGGUUAUGGGCGCCAGUCCUGAGUGGGCAGAGACAGAGUGUGGAAAAGAACCCAGAGACUGGAAGCAACUCAGUGUUUCUCAAUCAGCUGGCUGUGUGAAGGCGUCGGCAGUGAGUGUCUGUUUGAGACCAGGAGCCAAACAAUUCUUCAAGCCAUGUGUGAGUAAAGACUGAGUGGAAAGCUGAAAGCUGGGUGGAGCUAUGGCUGGACUUGGAGCUGGAGCUCAAGGGGGAGCUUCAUAUUUUCCAGUAGAGAAACUGGGAGAGUCCAAUUAUAUGUCAUGGAGUUUACAGAUGCAGGCAUUUUUAAAGAAAGAACAAUGUUGGACUGUUAUUGUUAGCCCUCCUGUAAAAGAUGAGGAUGAAGAAGUAGAUGAAGCAGACCAAAGACUGGAGGACAAAGCAUAUGCCAAUUUAAUUUUGAGUUGAGAGAAGUCUCAGUUAUCUCAUGUGCGAGACCUUGAAACAGCAAGUGAGAUUUGGAAAGCACUGAGCAAUACACAUUAGAGAUACUGCUGGCAGCAAAAUUACUCUAAUGAGAGCUCUGUACCGAGCCAGACUAAGUGAGGGUGAAUGUGUUUCAAAACACCUUCAAAGAACGUGUGAUUUAUUUUCACAGUUAAAUGAACUUGGGGAACAUUUUUCUGAGCAGAAAAAGGUUUAUAUUGUGCUGUCUUUACUUCCUGAGUCAUGGGAUAAUUUAGUGAUGACGCUGGAGGCAAUUCCAGAAAGCCAAUUAACAAUGCAUUUCUUAACUGGGCAUUUGCUUGAUGAGGAGGAAAGACGCCAUGAGAGGAAGGCGACAACCCCUCACCGUAACUCCGGAAAUGGGAGGUGGUCCAGUAAAAGAUAUGCAACUGAUGAGGAGUGGCAACCUAAAGAGGUUGUUCACCAUGCAGAGGAAGCAGCUUUCACAGUCAAAAGAUGCUAUUGUUGUGGGUCAACAAAGCAUUUAGUACGACAGUGCACUGUGUCUGUGGGAGAAAACACAAGAAAAGGGCAGCCUGUGUUUGCUGGGAAGCGAGGAGACAGGAAGAGUCGAGUCCAGUAUGUUUCUGCAGCAGUUUGAGGCACCAGUCACGACGUUGGACAGGACUGGAUUUUAGACUCAGCAGCAACAAACAUUUUUGUUGUCUGCACAAGCCCUUAUAGAAAAGCAACCUUGUAAAUCUGUAAAUGUAGUACUAGCUGAUGGAACAGUGCAUGAGUCAGCUGGAAAGGGUAAUGUGAAUAUUAACUGCUUAAGCACCAAAUUUACCCAUGUUUUAUGUGUACCAAGUUUAGAAAAUAAUUUGCUUUCAGUUACAAGUCUUGCUAAGCAGGGGUUUAAGGUAACCUUCUCUAGUUCAGGCUGUAAAAUAGAGAAAGCUGGAAAAGUGGUUACAGCGUCAAUAAAAAAUGGUUUGUUUUGAAAGACCAGCUAAUAAGUGAGUCUGGGGCAUGUGUUAAAGCCUGUAAUAGAGCCUCGCAUGGUGAGUGCCAGCAUUUGUGGCAUCGUCAUUUGGGGCAUGCCAAUUUCCGCAGUAUUGCAAAAAUGCCAGAAUUAAGUAAGGGAAUUAAAAUGAAAAAAUGUUCAGGUUUUCUGGACUGCAAUACCUGCAAGGAGUCUAAAAGUAAGUGGGGAUCUUAUCCUAAAAGUAAUAGAAUUAGCAAGAAGCCAUUUGCUUUAGUACACUCAGACCUUUGUGGGCCAUUUGCGGAAUCUGAAGGAGGAGCAAAGUUUUUUCUGGUUCUUGUGGAUGAUUAUAGCCAGUAUACUUGGGUAUACUUGUUAAAGCACAAUAGUGUAACUGGUCAACUGAUUAAAAGUUGGGUCAACUAUAUAGAAAGGCAAUUUUCCUACAACGUUACCCAAUUGCAGAGUGACCGUGGAGGCGAGUUCAUGUCUGAAGCCCUUUAGAUAUGGUUGAAAAAACAUGGUAUUAGUCACCAUAAAUCGUUUCCUUUUUCAACUGAAGAAAAAUUCAGUUGCAGAAAGCAAGAUAAGGUCUUUGCAAACAAUGCUAGAUUCUAUGCUAUGUGAUUCUGGCUUACCCAGGAAGUUUUGGGGGGAAGCAAUUCUCUGUGCUAAUUACAUACAGAACAGAUUGUUUCAUUCUACCAUAAACAAUACCCCUCAUUUUUUGCUUUAUGGAAAAAAACCUUUUUUGGACCAUGUUAAAACUUUUGGUUGUUGGGCUUGGAUUCACAUCCGAAAAGGACAGAGAAGGAAAGGAGAUCCCAAGGCAAAGAGACUUAGGUUUGUUGGCUUUCAAAGUUGGUCAAAAGGGUAUCGUUUUGCACUAGGGCAUGGCAGAGUUGUGAUAUCAAGACAUGCAGAGUUUUGUGAACAGGAUGGUUGGGCUCGUUUACAUGGAAAUUCAGAAGUUGUUUUAUCUUCAGAUGAUACAGAUAAAUUUGUGAAAUCUGAGGAAGAAAAGCCACAAAUUAAAGAAAGUUCUGAAAGUGAUAGUGAUGAGGAAUCAGGGGAUGAGGGUUCCAGUACACAAUCUCCUAAAGCUGAACCAAUUUCUCCUGAGCAAGAUGAAUUAGAAGGGGAAGAUAGUUCAGAGGGGGAAAGUGUUCAAGUUAGAAGAUCACAAAGAAGGAAUAAGGGGGUACCUGCAGAAAGGUUUACUAUACAAGAAGUUAAAACUGUUGAUGUGAAGAAAGAACCUUGUGAUUAUGAGGAGGUUUUAAAGUUACCACACCAGGAAAUAGUAAUAUGGAAAAAUGCAAUGAGAGCAGAAAUGAAAUCUUUGGCAGAGCAUAAUGUAUUUACUACUGAGCCAUUGUCAGAAGGAAAAAAAGGCAGUGGACUGUAGAUGGGUGUAUAAAAUAAAACACUUGGCAGAUGGUAGUGUUAAGUACAAAGCUAGACUGGUAGCACGAGACUUUACUCAAAGAAAAGGUGAAAGUUUUGAUGAUAACUUUUUCUCCUACUGCAAGGAGUGAAAGCGUACGUUUAUUGCUAGCUAUUGCAGCACAAUGUGGGUUUAAGGUAAAUCAUUUUGAUAUUGAAACAGCUUAUCUUAACGCAAAUCUGCAUGAAGAAAUUUUUAUGAAACAAGCACCAGGAUUUGAGGCAGUUGAACAGAAUUCUGUAUAUAGGUUACACAAAGCAAUCUAUGGGCUCAAACCAUCAGCUAGAAAUUGGAACGAGCAUCUUGAUAAUGCUUUAAAAAAUCUUGGCUUUAGAAGAAGCUUAGCUGAUAAUUGCUUGUACACUGAUAAUUGCUUGUAAAACCUCAGUGCCUAGGACUUGCCGAUCAUAUGGUUGGCGGUUCGAAUCCCUGCAGUGGGGUGAGCUCCCGUCAUUCGGUCCCAUCUCCUGCCCACCUAGCAGUUCGAAAGCACUCUUAAGUGCAAGUAGAUAAAUAGGUACCGCUUUAUAGCGGGAAGGUAAACGGCGUUUCCGUGUGCUGCGCUGGUACUGGCUCGCCAGCUGCAGCUUCGUCACGCUGGCCACGUGACCCGGAAGUGUCUUCGGACGGCGCCAGCUCACGGCCUCUAGAGCGAGAUGAGCACGCAACCGUAGAGUCAGACACGACUGGCCCGUACAGGCAGGGGUACCUUUACCUUUACCUUAUGUUGAUGAUUUGCUUUAUUCUACAAAAAAUGACAAGCAAGUGGAAAAAUUUGCAGAAUAACUAAGAAAGGAAUUUAAAGUAAGAGAUUUGGGACCAGUAAAAAAUUAUCUCAGUCUAGAAAUUCAAAGAACAAACAGUGGAAGGUUUUUGUUGAGUCAAAAAGAUAAAAUAAUGGAAUUACUUGAAAGAAACAAUAUGCAAAACAGCAAGGUAGUAAAAACCCCAAUGGAAAUAGGUUUUUUCAAGAAUGAAGGAGAAUGCACAGAACCAGUAAAUCCUGAAAUGUACCAUUCAAUAGUUGGAAGUUUAUUAUACAUUUCAUUGUGGAGCAGACCAGAUUUGAAUUAUGCAGUUGGAAUACUGAGCAGACUAGUAAGCUAUCCCACAGAAAAUGCCUGGAAAGGCUUAAAACGUAUUUUUCUGGUAUUUAAAACAUACACUUGAUUAUUGUUUAAGAUUACCAUCUUCAGGGUCUACAAAAUUGCAGUGUCACGUUGACAGCGAUUGGGCCAACCUGCCUGAUAAAAAAUCCAUUUCUGGUAUGGUGUUUCAAUUUGGGGGUUCCUUGAUAGGUUAGAAGUCCAAAAAGCAAGGAAUCAUGUCCACAUCUUCAACAGAGGCUGAAUACUGUGUUUUAUCGUAGUUGUGUAAUGAAAUAAAAUUUUACAUUCAAAUCCUCAGUGAUUUAGAUAUACAAUGUGAUUAUCCAGUUCAAAUAUGGGAAGACAAUCAAGCUGCAAUAACUUUGGCUGGCUCCGAGCAGUUUAAAAAUAAAUCCAAACAUUUAGAAAUUAAGUAUCAAAAUGUAAUCGAAAAUGUUAAACAAAACCUGAUAAUGCUGAAAUACUGUGAGAGCAUGCAAAAUGUGGCUGAUAUAUUUACGAAAGCACUAACUUUCGAGAAACAUGCACAACUAGUGACAAAAUUAGGAAUUGUUGUGCAUGAUGUAUAAAUAUGUUUUGUAUAUGUUGAAAGUACUGUUUUGUUUGUUUCUGUUUGAAUGAGAGAGUGUUGGGAGUCAUUCUGCAAAGAAACAGUAAAGAUGUUUGUACCUUUAAGAACAGUUUCUGUGAGCUUUGGGCAGAUUGGGUACAGCUGGUCAUGACUACAAAAGGAGGAAAAGCUGCAGUUUGAAUUUACCUGAAGGAAAAACACCCACAAGCUUUGCUGUUUGUUGUUUUGUAAUAAAACCUUUAUUUGAUUUGGUUUUACACUGGUCUCGGGGUGUCAUAGCUUCUGCCAUCUGCCACCAGAAGAAAAAAACCCCUCUAACAAGGACUGUCUUAAGCAUAUCAAGUGCUGUAGUGCAAAGAUCCCUCCGGCGCCCCCCCCCCACAUUUCCCAGAGUUUUCAACCUUUUUUAAGGGGGGGGACCCCAAAGUUGUUGACCUUUUUCAGGAAAGGUUCCCCAGAGUUGUCCUUUUUUUUUUUUUUAGGGAGCUGACACCACACUUACACAUUAUCUCUAACAACCCCUUAGAACAAAUGAUAAGAAAAUGAAAAAAAAAAUGAAAAGGCAGAAGAAAAAUCUAUUGAAGUCCUCAAUUCCAAAGCAAGACUCAUUCAAGAUUCAGCAGUUCUUCUAAUUCAUACUCAUGAUUCAAAUCACCACAUAUCAAAAAGUUAAAGCAACCACCAGUUUGUUGUUCUUUAAAUAAAUUAAUAAAGACACAAUUAAGUUCCAGGCCAAUUUGUGUUUAAGUACAAAGCUGACUUUUUCAAAUAUUGUGGGGGGGUGUGUGUAAAGCAGUGACAUCCUGAACCUAAAAAGGACCCAAAACCUGGGUCACAAAGGCUGCAUCCCUACCAGCAUUUACUGGAAAGUAAGCUCUGCUGAAUCUAAUAGGACCUUACUUCUGAGUAGACAGUAGGACUGCAGCAAGAAACACAGCUGGGAAUUAGGGCUUUCUGUUUUAAGUCUCAACCAGAGGAAAAUGUAAUAUUGGAGAAUAGAUUGGGGGGAGGGGGCUGACAAGAGACCAAAAACCACAGGUAGCAAGACAAGACACACUUUCUGGGGAGGAAGUCUCUCACACAGUUGCUUGGGGCGAGGACUGCAGAGGGACCAUAGUUUGGUUGUGCGCGUGUGUUUUUCAGAAAAACAUAGAAUUGGAAGGGACCCUGCAGGUCAUCUAGCCCAACUCCCUGCAAUGCUUUUUAGCUUGCAUUGAUCUCAAAAACCUUCAGUGUUUUUUUGUUUUUGUUUUAGUUGGAUAGGCAAUUAACAGGCUUGUUUCACAAAUAAGGGAGAAGGAAGGUUGCUGGCUUGAUUUGGUUUGCCUUUGUUCUAGUUUUUAGCAUGUGCAUAGUACCGUAGUUUCAGACUGUGAGCCGCCCUGAUAUCUAUGGGUGGAGGGCAGUACUAGUAGUAGUAGUAGUAAUAAUAAUAAUAAUAAUAAUAAUUAAUAAUGGUGAUAUUUUUCACAGGGCUUGGAGUGAGUGGGUGAUGGCCAGCUGCUGGAAUGAAUGCGGUAGGUACUAAAUGGCCUGGCUUGCUUUACAACCCCUAGGGACCUUCUUGGUGGGUUGGGGGGGCAGAGAAGGAGCCCACAGCAGAAGAAGAAGAGGAAGAAGAGGAGGAGGAAGAGGAGGAAGAGGGGGAGGAGGAGGAGGAGGAAGAGGAGGGGGAAGAGGAAGAAGAAGAAGAAGAAGAAGAGGAAGAAGAGGAAGAAGAAGAAGAGGAAGAAGAAGAAGAAGCUGCUUCCCUUCCCGGGAUAGAGUUGCCCAUAACAUUAAACACAGGGCACAAUUCCAGGGAGAGAAAGAAACCAGGGCAGCAGCUACUAACGGCUCGGGCUAGAUGUAGCUGAACAGGACGGGCAAGGGAACCCUGCAAGCAGGGCUGCAAACCCAGCGUGGUGGCUCCGAGGCAGGAUACAGGAGGAAGAACCGGAGCAAGUCAGGGGGUACCGCCUCCUCUUCUCCUUCCUUCCUUCCUUCCUUCCUUCCUUCCUUCCUUCCUUCCUUCCACCCUCCUCCUCCUCCUCGCACUCUGCUUCCUCCUUGCCAUUGCCCACCUCACUCUUCCCACAGGGCAGGCGGGCAAAAGAGAGAGAGAGAGAGAGAGCACUGCAUGCCAGCCAGCCAUAUAGUUGGCAGGGCGCAGCUGCCACCCUAAGCUUCUGCAGGGAUCGCUCUCCUCCCGCCGAGGCUUGGGAAGGAAGCUGCACGCCAGCCAGCCAUAUGGUUGGCAAGGCGCAGCUGGCUGGCGUGCAGGGAAAGGGGAAGCUGCCAGCAAAGCCACGCAGCUCCCCCACUUGCUGGAGCACCUCUGAGAGGCCGGCGCCCUGGCGCAACACUCCAAUAACCCCAAUGGGAAAGACGCCUCUGGUCGUAGCUUUAAGAAAUAGGGUUUAUUCGCCUAUUUAGACCUUCAGUCUGCAUGGAGGGAGUCCAGAUCUUACAGCAUGGUCCUUUCAAGAGCUGCUUAUCCCCGACAGCAAUGCAGCCUCGGAGUCCAAGGCAUCUCUCCCAACCUGCCUUCUUUCUUCCCAGCACACCUUGCUAAAAGACUCCCUUUUUCUGUCACCUGAUACCCAGUUACCCUAGCAAACCUUCCUGUCAACUGGCUUCUGUCCUGUAUCUAGCACACCUGACUCCUAUCUCUGUUCAGGACUAGAACAUGCUCCUGUUCCUCACUCUCCAUUGUUUCCAAGCUCUUCUCUUCUUCUUCUGGGGUGUGUCUUGUUUGCCACCCACCCCACCCCACACACCAAACCUGGCUCCAUGCCAUCUUCAUCUGCCCCCACCUUGGAAGCCUCUUGGAGUGGCAGUCUUCACCACUCCGCCCCAUCUGAUCAGUCCCUGACAGGCUAUAACUCUUGUCCUUCAAGUCUAGUUUUUUUCUGGGGAAAGGGUUUUGAGGGCUAGUUAUACUAGUGGUAGUCUUGGGAUAGAGGAGUAUUCUUUCCUAUGAGCCUUACCCUGUGCCCUAGUGGUAAAGCCCAGGCAGAGGUUUCCCAUUUUAGAGACGCCUACUGAGUUGGGAAGCUAAUGAGUCACUUGCUGGGAGGGUCAGAGUCCUCAUAAUAGCUACUUACAUAGGUGUAUUUAAGACACAAAAGCAAGAGGCAGCUUACUGUGAGCACCCAUCUCGUGGGAUUAUGCAAUAAGUGAGUAUGCUGCAUUUGAGUCUCUUCCUUUUAAAAUUAAACUAGGUCAUUCCUUAGAAAUAUCAACCAUAAUCUUCUUUUGGGGGAGGAAAAAGAGGAGCAAGAGGAUGGCCAAACAAAUAUUAGAAACUCAGAUCACUAGCUUGCCACUUGCUGUGCUUGAGUAGGAAGAGAAGGGAAGGAGUGUGAGGCGACUUUCUUGAGAGAGUGGUUUUGUCUUGAUGCUUCACAGCGAUGUUUGGAAGAUGUAUAGAUUAGAUGUAUGUUGUGGCAUAGAUAUCUCCUGUGACUUUCAGAAUUCUUGUUUCUCCAUGAGCACCAUGAUAGCCCUGUUUUGUUGUUUUGAUGCUGUGAGCUUUGAGUGAAGAACUUUCCCUCCUCUCCAGCAGAGUUACCUUCCACUGUAAGCUGAGCCCUGUGGGGAGCAGGAAUCUGUACUACACAGGCCUUGUAAGAGAUCCAGCAGAGCUCCUAUCUGGCAUUGCAGGUGCCUUAUUUCCGUAUUUACUCAUUGAUUAAAUGUCUCCUAUGCAAAUAGAUAAUAAUCAUGUUUACAGUCCUGUGCAUUUCUAUGGAAGUACAUUUUAUUGCAAUCUGAGGGUCUGAAAGUCCCUAGGACUGACCUGCUCAAGUGUGUCCCUGUUAUUGUCAAAAUGAAUGCUGUUGUCAUGUACAGUCCCCUCAGAGGGUGGUGACAAGGGAGAGGGGCUUUUCAGUUGUGGCUCCCUGUCCAAAACUAUCCUUUUUAGCACCAGGUAAAUAUUUAUCUUCUCCCUCUCCCUCCUCAGCCUUUCGCUGGAUUGAAAGUGAUGUUCUUUUGUUGUCAAAGCUUUCUGCAGCUGUUAUGGGGGUUGUUUUUAUUCUGCUUUAUGGUGUAAUUAAUUAUGCUUUUAAUAGUGUUUUAAGUCACUGGCAGACUGUGGGGUAACAAGUUGUCACGAACCCCUGUUAGGGUGGAACUAGAUUGUGAACUUUAAACAUCAGCUUUGCUGUGCAUGCCCAGGUUAAUCAGGCCUGAGACACAGAGCGCAGGAUCCUUUCUUUGCAAAUGGGAAAUGCAAGGAUAUUGGGAUAAACAAUCUGACCGAAAAUGAUUGUUCACAGUUUUAUUUGCUAAAUGUUACAGCAAGGGUAUUUUCUCCCUAGUGAAGAAUAACCCUGGAAAUGAGGAAUCAAAACUGAAGUGAAGGAAUUAUCUGACCUCGGCAGACAAACCCUUAAUUCAGACAUACCAAGGGUGGGGGAUAUACACACACACACACACACACACACACACACACACACUUGGGACCCGGGCUAUGGAUCCUGUAACAAGCAGAAGUAGAGGGGAAAGUGAAUGGUGGUGACACAUUUCUCUAUAUUAAGACUUCUCUGAAUUGUAAUCCUUUUUGUGAAUUGCAAUACCCACCCCCCAUUUAUCUCCUCGGUCUUCUCAGUUCCAUAGUCUAAGUUCUAAGCCUUUUCCACCCCAAACUGGCUUUUCUGCCUCAACUUCUCUGCCAAAAUUGCAAUUCUUCCGCAAUUUUUCUUUCUUCCGCAAUCUACUGCAAUCUUUCUUCCGCAAUUGCCUUCUCUGAGCUGCCUCUGAGACAGAAAUGUCUUUGUGCACACCGGGGAUGGUGAAGCCCUGUCUUAUCCAAUAGGAUCCAGAAAUCCAGUUGUGGAAACAACCUUCCUCUUUGCCAAGAUCCAGGAUUGAGUUGUCUCUUCACAUGAACGGGAACAUCCUCUGUUUGAUUAGGGCCAAAGUUUGUAGCAUAAAGUAGCAAAAGUUCAGAUUGCUCACAUUGGUCAUCUGCCAGACCAAACUUGCUUCUUUGAUUUUUUGGCGUCCUGUAAGCAAAAACCAAUCACAAACAAACACACUGAAAAAUAUAACAGUUCUGUUCUGAUUGCUAUCCAUAUCUUAUCAAAGUUGAUACAUUCUGUUCUGCAUAGCUCACAAGUUUUCAAUCCAGUUAAAAAUAGUUUUCUUAUCUUUCAAAAGGAUAGAAUAAAAAAAUAGAAUAAAGAUGUCCAAGACAUGUUUUUAAAAGCUUUGUAUGUGAAUACAGUGGUACCUCGGUUUACGAACUUAAUCCGUUCCUGAAUUCCGUUCUUAAACCAAACCCGUUCUUAAACCAAGGCUCGCUUUCCCUAAUGAGGCCUCCCACCACCAGUGCCCUUCCACCGUUAGGCUUCCAUUUGUAGACCGAGGUAAAGUUCGCGAACCGGAACACUACUUCCGGUUUUGUGGAGUUUGUAAACCGAAUCAUUCGUAAACAGGACAGUUCGUAAACCGAGGUACCACUGUAUAUCACAAGUUUAAUUGUUCCAAAUAAUAUUAAAUUACUAGGUUACCAAAUCUUCUUCUUCUUCUUCUUUGGUGAUCGCUCGUAGCCAGGUAAGAUUGUCUUCCAUGAACACGGUUUUAACAGUGAGUCUGUAAGUGACUGUGGAGGCCAAUUCUGGAUCCGCAUGUCCUUCCACAGUGGGAACGUAGGUUUCCAGGUGGAGCUGAUCAUGGCAAAGGUUUGGCAAACAUGCCUUCCUCUUAGCAUGUUUCUCCCUUUCAUCCUGAGUUCUUAAAUCAUCUUAAAGUCCAUGACACCUUUGGUAAAGGCUGUUCUCCAAUUGGAACACUCACAGGCCAGUGUUUCCCAGUUGUCGGUGUUUAUACUACAUUUUUAAAAGUAUUUUUUUAGUUCUAUAGUAUGUAAUUUAUUUUUAGUAUAAUUUAUAAUUUUAACAUGGAUAAGUUAAAAAGGAACUUUUAAAAAACAGUAGUGGAUAUCACCUUUUUUCUGCUGUAAUCUCCCCUUUCUUAUUCCACCUGCUCAAUCCAACACAAAAUUCUAGUUCAGAAAUUAUGCCCAAAUAUCAUUUGUACAGUAUAUUGCUACCACAAAAAUUAGAUGGAAAAAUAUGGCUGCCCUCAUCCAUACACAGGAGCUGCUAACUUCCCUGCCCCAACAGAGUUCCCCAGAAAGGAACUUCACAUAAUGAUGUAUGACUGCUUCCUGGAGCAUGUUCAAAGUCAGUUCUAGACCCAUGAGAUGCUUCCUAGCUUCUCUUAACCAGUGCUUUUUGUCUGGGGGGACGCAGGGGUACGCAUACCCCUAAACCUUUUGUGAAUUAAGUUUGGCCUCAUUGAGGGGUAGUAUUUCAAUAUGAGUAGGAAAAUGAGAGUACCCCUAAACAUUUUUUUAAGAGAAAAGGCACUGCUCUUAACUGCAAAAUGAAUGAGGGCCCUUAUUUGGCUUCUGAGCAACAUUCCUUCUUUUGCGGGCAAAGGUGAGUCUGGGCAGUGGCAAAAGUGAAUGGAUCACUUCUUGUGACUCUUACCUACAUUCCAGUCAGGCAAAAGCCAGAGGUCUCUAUAUACACAAUUCCAUCCACAAUUCUAAGCCUAGGUUAGCAGGACGCAUUACUCCUGGAGCCAAAAAGAGAGGCCUGGGUGACUACAUUUGGCCCCUGAACCUGGGGUUCCCCAUCCCUGCUAUAAAAGACGAGAAAGACAGCCCUUGAACUGCCUCAUAAACUGCAAGUAGUUGGGCUGUGUGCAGACUCAUGCCCACACCAUGCAUUUAAAGCACAUUUAAAGUUAAUGACUUCCUGCAAAGAAUCCCGAGAACUGUGGUUUGUUAAGAGCAGCUGGGAAUGGUAGAUUUGUGGCAGUUACACACUGCAGUUCCCAGGAUUCUUCGGGGGAAAGCCUUGCACUUUUAAUAUAUGGCAUGGAUGUGACCAAAGAUACAUGGACAUAUAUCUACUUCCAAUCCGAGCACUGGUUCAGGAGCAGGGUGUGUUAAAUUGCUUCAAAAUAAAGAGUGAAUCAAGUUAUCCUCAUUACUCUCACACUUUCUUUCACUCCUUCCUCCCGGCCCAGCAUCCUGUUGCAGAAGGGACCUCUAGCCAGAGGUCUUAACUGAUGGUUUGCAGAUGGCUUUCUGGCCUCCCCCACUCCAUCCAUUUCAGAUCUCCCUCUUCCUCUCCCACAGGGCUUCCUCAAUGCAGCUGAAUUUAGGCAGAGCAACCUGCGGCAGUGCCAGAUUUACGUAUAAGCUAAACAAGCUAUAGCUUAGAGCCCCACUCUCUUGGGGGCCCCCAAAAAAAAUUAAAGGGGGAAAAACUGGAUGUACAUUUCCAAAAUAUAAGAUAAAAAAGAAAUAAAAUAAAACCUACAUAUAGCAAGAGUGUUUUGUGUUGUGUAGACUCCUAUGAUGUAAGUAAUGGGCCCCGCCUUCUAGCCUGCUCCCUAAAAUAUCACUGGUUUGCUCAUUUCUAUAUAUAGGGUGCCUACAUUCUGCAGGGACUGGUUGCAUGACACCAUGUAGCAUGCAGCUGCAGACUGCAGUGCAGCACAGUUGAAUGUAGGUCAAGCUGUUGUACCUGUUAUCUAAUAUUAAAGAGAGCUUGUAGACUGAUGAUCAGGCAGCAUAGACCAUAGCUGUCAACUUUUCCCUUUUCUUGCGAGGAAUCCUAUUCGGAAUAAGGGAAUUUCCCUUUCCCAUAGUUGACAGCUAUGGCAUGGACUAAGGGUAUGAAUCUUAUGCCUACUGAUUGAUUUCAUGCAAUACAUAAUUUAUUGCAUACAUAAUUUAUUAUAAUUAUUUUACUUCUUCUUAAUUGUAUCUCACUAUUAAUAUACUUCUUCUUAAUUGUAUUUCAGUUCAACAAUUACUUUGAUAAAAUACAUAUUCUGUUAUGUGCAAAUGGCUUUAGAUACUUAUUAGGUCCAUAAAUUACCAUAUAGCAUAUGUUCAACACACACAAAAGUGACAAUGUGUUGUUGACAAAGGACAGUUUACCUUUAGUUGCUUAGGGCCUCAUCAAACCUUCAGUAGCUUAGGGCCUCAUCAAACCUAAAUCCGGCCCUGCCCUUGGGUCACAUUUCCACUCCCCUGUCCCAAAGCAAAGCUAAUGAUACAAAAAGGCUUGCUGAAACUCAGCUAAUAAUACAAAGACAGAGCCAGCGAUCAGGCUGUGACCAGUACCAUAAAUGUUAUUACUGAAAUAAUGCUUAUAGUUGCAAAGCAGUUCAGAUUAAGACCUUAAUGAACAAAGUUUACCCUUGGAGAUAGCAACGAGGCUGCUUAGCCUAAUCUUAUCUUUGCAAUGAUUUGUCCUUGGAUCUUCUUUAUAAUUAACAAAGUGGCUGCUUGAUGCAAUAUUCCGAACCUGUUUUCAUUUGUGAGAAGGCUAUAAGCCAUAUGCAUAUCAGUCUCCUCCCGAUUCGUUCUGCCUCCAUUACCUGUGAAGUCUGUGAGAUCAACUCCCCUUGUGGGCUUUCUAUAGUUUCCCCACUUUGGCCUGGUCAUUUCUUCUUGACUUUUCUUGUCCACAACUUCCCUGCAUUUCUGCCCCCAGUCACUAGCACCUGCCUUUACCCCCUUCUUACAUUAUUCCCAUACACUGCCUUAAUGCUGCCACUUUAAUCCACAACAAGGAGAAAGUUGUCUCUGGCUAUUGGACAUUUUAAGAAGCUGGGGCCAGGAGUAAGAAACAAAGGUAGUGAAAAAUCAGUGACCUGAUAAAAAUCAGUGCUGUGCCUGAUUUGCUUUUGAAAAGGCCAAAGAAUAAUCUGUAUCUGUUGAUCGCUGAACUUCGCAACCUAAAUGCAAUAAAUGCCAGAAAGUUCAAGGGCUAGAUGAAAGCUGAUCAUGUGUUAGCGAUCUCUUGCUUUUAGCUAAUGCAGUGUACCUUAUCAAGGAAACAGCACCAAAUAUGUCAUUUUUGAUAGCUGGCCAUAUAUAUAUAAAUAUGUGAGCAUUGACAUAAUGUGCAUGGUGGCGAGGUCCAUAAGUAACUUGCACAUACAUUUCAUACCCUUACAAAAGUCUCACAAAGUUGUCAUUUUGUUUUAAUAUGUUUCUUUCACAGCUUGAGAAAUUUUGAGGUGUCUGUAAAGGUGUGAUCAGAAAAGAAGAUCCAAAGGCUGCACCGUUUAGCAAGGAAGAUCCAAAUUUCCAGAAUAAUUCGUCUUUUAUUUCAGUCAACUAUUAACAAUAAGGUAAGGAUGUUUUGCUGUUGUUUUUUCAGUUCGAGAGAACUAGCUGUUUCUUCAGGUUCUGUACACACAACGUAGGCAAUAGUCAAAGUUGUGAAGUGAUACAUCAUUCAGGAUUUUUACUUCUUCUAUUUUACCAGUUACCUCUACUUCUCUUUUUAUAGGUGUUGUUUUCAGAAUGAAAAAGCCUAAGACAACUCUCUCACGGCUGGCAAUUGUCAUCACUGUCUUUGUGGUGCUGGUGAUAGCGGUUCUUGUGACACUGUUCGUUGUCCACUAUUUCUUCAGUGAGAAAAAUGGUAACAACAAUUACUUAAUGUCUUGAAAUAUCUAUAUUGUGGUACCUAAGAGAUUUGGUGGUGAAUGGCAGCAUUCUGAAGAAAGAUUCUGAGCAACAUUGUGUGUACAAAGUUGCCUUAAUCCAUUCCGACAAUCAUUAACACUCUCUUCUAGUACAGUGGUGCCUCGCAAGACGAAAUUAAUCCGUUCCGCGAGUCUCUUCGUCUUGUGGUUUUUUCGUCUUGCGAAGCACGGCUAUUAGCGGCUUAGCGGCUAUUAGUGGCUUAGCGGCUUUAAGAAAAAGGAAACAAACUCGCAAGAACUUGCAAGACGUUUUGUCUUGCGAUGCAAGCCCAUAGGGAAAUUCGUCUUGCGGAACGACUCAAAAAACACAAAACCCUUUCGUCUACCGAGUUUUUCGUCUUGCGAGGCAUUCGUCUUGCGGGGCACCACUGUAUUUUCUGUUCCAAUGCAAAUUGAUUUAUUUUGCACAAGCUUUUAUUCUACUUUGUGGUGUGCUGAUAUGGAAAUAGAACUACUUUUAUGUAUUGUAGCACAUAGCAGAUGUGCAGCGGCUGAUAUUUAUCCAUCAGUUACCUUCCUUGUGUAAGAUAAAGGUAAAGGGACCCCUGACUAUUAGGUCCAGUCAUGGCUGACUCUGGGGUUGCGGGUCAUGUGUAUUCUCCCUCAAAGUUAAAGAUUUUCCAGAAGUGUUGCUCUGUUAAUAUUUUGUAGCAAAAACAAUGAAGGUCUUGUGGCCCCUUAAAGAAAAAGUUAAUGAAAUCUCUAAUAAUGUUCCAGAUUGUGUGACAGCCUGUAAGCGUGAAAGUUUCCUUCAGAUGUUUGCACUGUACGGAAAAAGACUGUUUGGCAAAUACCCCAUUGUGGCGAUCACACAGGGUCCCCGGACAUUUGACGGUCUAUUGAUCCCUGUGCCACCACUGUGAUUGCUUUCCCGCUGCCACCAACCCGGUUUUCUCGGGUACACACAGAGUCCAGACAGUUGUUAACAUUAAAUCAAAUAAACAAGUUUAUUUUAUAAGCCUUAAUAAGUUUAUGGUUUCAGAUAAUUUUUCUUGUCAGUUUCUUAAUCUUAGUUUCUAUACCGGCUUAUACCUUUCUUAAUAACUGCUAACUGAUUAUCUCAACUGUCUAUCUGACUCCUCCUAUCAGUUUCUCUCACUCUCUCACAACACAACUCGACCAACCCACAGACUUAUCCUCCCUCUUCCUUCUCCAACUCCCAACUCUCAACUCCCCCGCUUGGGUUCCCACUGGCCAAUCACUUCACACUCAUUUAAUCCCUUCCUUAUGACCCACCUAGGAGGGCAAACGCCACACCCAUUCAUGUGCUCUCCUUAGCCAUGAGUAGAAUGCCUCAAUCAGGUAAUAUCCUUCAGCCUGGUCACAGUCAAGGAGUUAUCCCAAUGUGAACAGGGAGCAAUAGUAGCAUUUUACAGUUGCCAUUGCACCAAAUAAUACAGUCUGGGUUUGAUCUGUUUUACCCUGGUGUUCAGUUUAAUAUGUUAUACAGUGGUACCUCAGGAUGCGAACGGGAUCUGUUCCAGAGCCCUGUUCACAUCCCGAACAGAACGUAAGACAGAACAGCAUGUCUGCGCGUGCGCAGGUUGCGUUUUGCCACUUCCACGCGUGUGUGUGACAUCAUUUUGACCAUCUGCGCAUGCGUGAGUGGCGAAACCUGGACGUAACGCACUCUGUUACUUCCAGGUCGCCGCAGAGCGCAACCCGAAAGAGCUCAACCUGAAGCAUAUUUAUCCCGAGGUACGACUGUAUAUUGUUACUAUAUUUUUCUUGUGCCAAUUAUGAACAUUUCUAUUUUACUAUUUGUGUAACUGAUUUUUACACUUGAGAAGGAUUUACUGUAGCUCAGACUUGGUUGUAAACUGCUGCUUUAGCAUAGAGAAGUAUCUUACUUAAUUAAUUACUUCCAUAUAGUGAGCUGCUUUGGAAGGGCAUUUCUGCCCUGAAAGGUGGUAUCAGAAUAUCAAAAUAAAUAAUUCAUAUCAGCCUGAAGGCGAUGUGCCCCCCAAAUAGCUGGGGGUGCCCAGAUUACAUUAUAUUCAGUAACCAUUUUCACCUCAUCUGGUGAGGUGAAUUAAAGCAAAAGCAGCCACAUAUGUCUAACAGUUGACAAAGGUAGUCCUUCCGACAGAAAAGUAGAACAAAUAUUCCUUCAUAUUUAGACCUUGUUUUCAACAAACUGGUAAAUCAUGUCUGGACUGCACCUGUAUCAGAGGUGCAAGAUCACAUGACUGAACAUUCCACUGCACCAAACCAAACGAAAACGUCCUUCCACACAGAAAAAAAAGGUGUCACUGAGAAGGGUUCUAGCCUAGUUCAGAUACAGGCAUACUUCUUUUUAUUGUAUUUCACUUCAGAGCGAAGAUCCCUUAUGAGGAUGCAGGUGUAGCUGCAGGCAGCCCAGCUGCUUCUGGGACAAGGAAGCCCCACCCCUCCCCACUGCUGCUGCUGGUGGUCCUCUUCUGGCAGCGGAAAUGGAGCUGAGCUGACUAGGGCUGGAGACAGGGCUUUCCCUCCCACCCCUGACGUCAGUGGAUGCUGGCUGAAUCGAUUACAGUACAGUCUAAACAUAACUUUUAUAUGCACUGGGAAACCCCCCCCAAAAUUGUGUGACUUGCUUUAUUGCAAUAUUCGCUUUAUUGCAGUGGUCUGGAACUGAACCUGUACUUUCUCCAAGGUGUGCCUGUAUAUUUUUAAGUGGCAAGUGGCAUCUGUCUUGUCCUGGGCCCCUGCAUUGGAAGAAGUGUCCUGUUCUUUUCUGCUUCUAAUUGCAGUAUUAUUCUCAUACCUUCUCUAGCUGGCUACAUGAUUGGUGUUGGUCGAGCUGACUGUACCGGCCCUGUAGCAGAGAUUCCUUUUGUAAGUACCCAAUCUGAGUUUUCUUUCUUCUUUUCACUGAAAACACAAGCCCAUUUCCACCCCCUUUCAGCUUUUUCCUUCUUCUUUUUUUGACACUCUACAAGGCCUUUAUAUAGUAGCCCAGAGGAGGACUCAGAGAAGGCAGGCAUUUUCAGUAGUAAUGCCCUGUCACUGGAUUUUGUUUUUAUUUUUUGGUAAGUUGCAUCAAGACUUUUGUGGGAAGCAACUUACAACUUGAAAUAACGAUGACAGUAAUGGGGUUUGUUUGCAUCAGAUUCCCAUAUACUUGUAGGAGUGAAAUGUCUAUGUUCCUCAUCCAGGGAAGGGCGGGAUGCAAAUAAAAAAUAUAAUUAUAAUUAUAAUUUAAUUAUAAUUAUAAUUAUUAUUAUUAUUAAAAGCAUCAUAAUGAUAAUGAUAAGAAGAAUGUGUCAGGCUUCAGGGAAUCGGCUUCCUGCCCCGUGGCCACAAAUGAGCAGAUCAAACGAAAGAGAAUUCUUACCAAUUAGUGAAGGAUGGCAGUGCUCCCAAUUAAGGUCUUUCCCUCCUCUGUCCCUAUUAAUCUACGUCACUCCUACAUCUUGUAAUCUGAAUUUGGAGCCGCUGUGUUUUCAGUUCUGACACUUUCUGAGCUUUCUGGGACUUUGGGGGAGAGGGGUGGAUACUCUCCAGAGACUGUGAAUCUGUUAACUCUCUCUCUCCUAGUGUUUCUUCUGUUAGCUGUUCCCCAUCCAGUAUUUCCCAGCUUCUGCCUUUUGAACUAUGCUCCUCUGCAAACCACUGUUCCAAAUCUAUACUGUUUUCCUGCUCCUGAGAAGAUUCGGGAUCAGGAAGAAGAGGAGGGGGAGGAGGAGGGGGUGGCUCCCACCAUUCUUUCUCAGUGCAGCCCUCCUCAACAUGGUCCCUGACAGUAUGUUACUAUAUGUGUAUGCACCAUGAAAGAAACUGCUAUGUUUCCUUUAUUAACACACUUUGCUUCAGAAGCCAGGGCAGGAGAAAUGAGAAGAGCCUUCCCCAAUGAGUAUCAAGGCAUUACAAGUACACAAAAGCAUUAUGCACUCUUGCCCCAGAGUAAGCUCUGUUUAAUUAAGGAUGCUGGAGCAAUUCAUUUGUUGCAAAUUCCUGAAUGUAGUGACCUGAAUAAAGUGACCUGAACUGCACCUCUUAGCUAUGCACUGGGUUUCACGCUUCUGCAAAUGUUGCAGUGCAGUUCUUAGCAUGCUGAAAUAUAUCAAAAUAAACAUUUAAAUUAUAUUUUGAUAGAAAAUACGAUGUUGAAAAAGACUUUUUUGUGGGGGUGGGGUGCGGGGUUAAAACAAACCCAUAGCUCAGUGCCAUAAUGGAAAAGAAAGGAAUUAUGGGUAAAUACAGUACAAAAGCGACAUGGCCUGGAAACAUUGAAUGCAGAGAGACUUGCUUCUGAAUAAAUAAGUAUGGGAUUGCACAUUGUGUGUGGCUAAGGAGAUGUUGUGUCCCCCUGUAGAUGGGCUAUGCGAAUCCAGAUCAGAUUGGUGCUGGCAUGAUCUCACGACUGUACUGUAGAGCAUUCAUCAUAGCAGAGCCCGACGACUGGAGCAAACGAGUGUUGUAUGUUACUGCUGAGAUAGGAAUGAUGUCUCAAAGGCUUAGGCUGGAGGUAAGUGUGGGGCAGGGGUGAGAUAGAGUAGCUCUCUUUCCUUUUUUCCUUUUAGGUUUUUAUAUCAUCCAAAAAUCAUUGGCCUCAAAGAAUUGUCUCUCUCCCCUACUCCCUUAUAUAUGGAAUUGUGAUGGGCAUAAAUAUAUGGUGUGUGUGUGUGUGUGUGUGUGUGUGUGUGUGCAGCACAACAAUCGAUUUGAACAAUGUAUGGUGUCUUAACCACCACAAUCCCUGAGAUGUCUAUAUAUAUUGUAGGUGCAAAUAUAACAGCUCCUGCAAGCCAAGAGCUGAGAGAUCUACAAUGAUCUUACAUCCACUAUAAAAUAUCCUAAAUCAAAAGAAGUAUAUUUGUGAAGUAAGAAAAAAAGAGAAAAUGUGGUGAGUGAGGAAGAAAAUGCAACAGAAAAUCAUGACCUUAUAUAAAGAAAGGCAUAUAUUUGGAUUCACGCCUUGUCUAUUGUCAGAGUGUUUGAAUGUUUGUGAAGGUAUAUAUAUUCAUAACUCAUAAUAUAUAAUAUAAUUCCAGCUCUUUUAAUACAAUAUAUUUUACUCAUCUAUUUCAAGAUUUCCAUUUUAUUCCAGUGUGUUUUGCUCAGCAGAAGAAACCUAGGUAGUCUUUCCAUUUCUAGCUGUGCCUUCUGUUCCUGGAGUACUUUAAUGCCUUUAACAACCUCUUGAAAUGACUGUUCUGAGGUUAAUUUUGCUGAACAACCUGAGGAAGUAGAAUCUUGCCACAAAAAACCCAUGCCAUUGUAAAUGUGUUAGCCUUUAGGAUGCCACUGGAUGAGGUUUGUGGAGUAUUAUUUUCCAACUUGCCAGGAAUGGUACCUCAGUGGUAGAGCACAUCCUUUGUAAGUCAGAGUUAUAAGGUUCCAUACCAGGUACAUCAUCUUCUUCUUUUCUUUUCUUUUCAACUAAUCUAAUAAACAUACCAAAUCAGAAAAUGCAGUAAUUGCACCAUUGCUGUCCUUAGGUAAUGAAACAGUUGAAGGAAAGAUAUGGCGAUCUCUACCAGCAUGACAACGUAAUACUGUCUGCAGUUCAUACCCAUUCAGGGCCUGCAGGGUAUUUUCAAUACACUCUCUUCAUGAUAGCAGGGAAGGGGCUUAUAAAGCCAUCCUUGAAUGCCAUUCUCAAUGGGAUCCUAGAGGUAAGAACCACCCCAGCCUCUCACUUUUAGUGCUUGACAAGUCUACUGCAGCAUUCUGUAGGGAAAUAUUUAUGGAGUUGUUGAUAGUCUACGAAAAGGUUAAGAUGAACUGGGAGACUUAUUUUGAGAGCCAAUAAAGCAGUUCCUUAAUCUUCUAUAUACCGUAUUUUUCGCUCUAUAAGACGCACCAGACCACAAGACGCACCUAGUUUUUGGAGGAGGAAAACAAGAAAAAAAGCAUUCUGAAUUUCAGAAGCCAGAACAGCAAGAGCGAUCGCUGUGCAGCGAAAGCAGCGAUCCCUCUUGCUGUUCUGGCUUCUGGGAUAGCUGCGCAGCCUGCAUUCGCUCCAUAAGACGCACACACGUUUCCCCUUACUUUUUAGGAGGGAAAAAGGGAGUCUUAUAGAGCAAAAAAUACAGUACAUUCAUUGGCUAAUUAAAAGAGAUCAUCAGACCAGUACAAAUCUAAAGUACAAUCGGACCUUGGAUCCCAAACGCCUUGCGAGUCGAACGUUUUGGCUCCCAAACGCCGCAAACCCUGAAGUGAGUGUUCCGGUUUACAAACGUUCUUUGGAACCUGAAUGUCUGACAGGGCUUCAGCAGCUUCCGAUUGGCUGCAGGAGCUUCCUGCAGCCAAUCAGAAGCUGUGCUUUGGUUUCCGAACGUUUUGGAAGUCGAACGUUUAAGCAAUGCAUGUGCUGCUACUUGUCUGUUUAUCGUGAAAUGUGCAACUUGAUGAGCAUCCCUACUCAUGCUCAACUGGAAGUAAGCGGCAUUGAACUGAGUGAGCUUUACUUCCACUGUCCAUGUAAGCAUGUGCAGAACUACAGUGUAGAUUCCUAGCCUAGAAACUGCUGGAUGCGAAUUCAUGACUGCAUCUGAGCUAGUGUUGCUUAAACAUGUUAAGUAGUCUGAUGUGCAUCAUUGUCCAUGUUCUUAUGCUGCUGCCAGCAGUUGGCUGUGUUAGUGUCCUGGUCCACUAGUCCAAAGGUGAGCUUGUGGGAGUAAGUGGGUACAGGGAGACCUAAUAAGGAUGUCAAAAACGCCCGAGUGUUAAGUUCUACUGCUUUAUUAAAGAAGGGUAUGGACUUACAGCAAAUCAGCCUGCCGGGUGUCCCAGCCCUUUACAGACAUAGGAUGGACACCACAGCAAGGAGCUGGCUUGUCAGCAGCAAAGCAGACAUGUAUACAUCCCUUAUGCACAAAACAACAUACAUCAGUUUACCUAGAACCUCCCAGCACACCGGGCUGGUGAGGCCAGGGGUGUAUGAAGGGGGGAGGGGUGGGCUGUCCCAGGCACCGCCCAGGGGGGUGACAAGAUGGCCCGCUGCCUCCCCCCAGCUGUAGAGCAGCGGAGGGCGCGCCUGCAUCACCGGGCGGUUUGCCCCGCCCCUUGGCAUUCCGACCCAGGUGUCAGAAAGGGUUCCUCCGCCACUGGGUGAGGCCCAGUGUCCAAAGCGUCUCCCCUCUCUGGGCCUACAGCCCAGCAUCCCAAGGUCCACAGAUAAGCACAGCAUCAAAGUGAGCCAAUGAGCAUAAAUUAAAGCAAGUGAAUACAUAGAUAUAUAUGAGCUUGCUCCCAUAACAACUCCCAGUUAGUUUUGGUAGUCCACUUAGUUAUCUAGACUACCAAUAAGGUGUUUGCGGAUCUUCCAGAACCAUAGGAGUCAACUUCUAGGGGCCAAGGUCCCUUUGGCCUCCCCAAUAAAAUAUUUGAGGAACGGGGCGGGGCAAUGUUAAUAGCCAUUCAAAUGGUGUAUGUGUAUGCCCCAUCAUGUGAUUUAUUGUGCGGGGCAGGACUUACCUUGGCCCACCCAAUAUUUCAUUCAAGUUGGCACCCCUGUACAGAACAGUCUCACCUUUGGUUCGACAGUCUGUUACUGCAAAAGCAGGGAUGGUACCUUUCAUCGACUAGAGUCCACUUCAUCAGAUGCAUGAAGUCUUAUCAUCAUUUGUCACAUAUACAUAGUAUAUGGUUACUGACGGAAAAGGGGGGAAUGUAGAAGGGGGGGCUCUGAAAUAUCACUAUGAAAUACGAAAAGGACAGUCUGUGAUAAUGUGAGAAAUUAUCAAUGUGACUGCAGUCUGAAAUUGUUGAAUUAGAACUUCUCAGCAUGUUUGAUUCUGUUUCUUUAGGCUUCAGUUGAGACAAUGGUCUCCUGCUAUGCUACAAGUCUAAAUUAAUCCAGCAAAGCUUAGAAUGGUUGUGCCAUUCACAUUUACUGCAACCGAGGAAUGAUCACUCUGUUUAUCUUUAGCUUUAAAUGGAAUUAACAUAAAACUGCUUUUUGCACCUCAAAGCUAUUUGGCCCCACUGUUUACAGUUUUCCUUGCCAGCUGAAUGAAGACAAACCUUUGUGUAUUCAGUGAAGUGAACUCUAGUCCAUAUGCUACAAUAAAUCUGUUAGUUCUUUAAGAUACCACAGGGAUCUUUGUUGAUUCCCCCCCCCCAACCUUCUCAUGUUAACAUCUUGUUUGUGCUGUGAUGACCAGUAUCUCAAUGGUUUUCCUAUUUUCUAAUCAACAGAGUGUUGAUAUGGCUCAUCAAAAUAUGACAAAAGGACACGUUUUUAUCAAUAAAGGCUUGAUAGAGAACUCUCAAAUCAACAGAAGUCCCUUUUCUUAUCUUCGUAAUCCCGAGCCUGAAAAGCUCAGGUAAAGUUUGGGAAGGAAACGGAAUUGAGAUACUAAUAUGUUUGUACGGUUCUGUACUGAGCCAUCACUUAUUUCUUGUUUCAUGAAAGAAUAUGAACUGAAUUUUGUCAUGUCUGUGAUGGUUAUGGCUAAAAAAAACCAGCUUAAAUGUAGUGAUCGUUUUCCACAUUUCUCUCGCCGGUCGAUUAGUCUUCCACAUGUGUUUCCCUCAGCAAGUGGGUGGGGAAUUAAUCAGGGUCAGCUGAUUAAUUUCAAUUGCUGCAGGGGGUGGAGAUUGUAAUUUUCAUCUCACUUGUCUCAUCAGCAGACACGACCCAUUGAGUCCCUAUCACUGGCUUGCCAGAGUAAUCUUGUGCCCUCCUCCACCACCAUACCUCCUUCUCUUCUCAUCUCACCUGGCUUGUUAACUGUAGUUAAAUGCUAGUGGAGGCAGCAAUGGCACUGCCAUUGCUUCCCCUGCCUUGCUGAGGAAAGGAGUCCUUCUUCAGAGCAAGGCUUUCUGGGCAAGGUAGCUUUGGAGAGUGAGCAUACUCCCAUGGUUUGGCCAAAGCAACUGGAAUUUAUUCUUACAGUGGUACCUCAGGUUAAGAACUUAAUUCAUUCUGGAGGUCCGUUCUUAGCCUGAAACUGUUCUUAACCUGAGGUACCACUUUAGCUAAUGGGGCCUCCUGCUGCUGCUGUGCCGCCGCCAGACGAUUUCUGUUCUCAUCCUGAAGUAAAGUUCUUAACCCGAGGUACUAUUUCUGGGUUAGCGGAGUCUGUAACCUGAAGCGUCUGUAACUUGAAGCGUCUGUAACCCAAGGUACCACUGUAUUAGAUUUUUUUGAAGGUUUGCAUUACUAAGUAACUUAGUAAUUGAAAAGAGACUCUCUAGUAACUUAGACAUUUAAAAGACACUCUCUAGCCAUGACAGCACAUGAACUUUGGGCCACUGAGUCUAGCAUGCCUCAGUCUGAAGAAGGAACUUUUAUUUUUAACUCCAGAAGAACAACAUCCACAUACAGCAUACACAGAACUAGAUAUUUAGCAUUUUCUUCACUGCAAAAAUUAUAUCUUUUACUUGAGGUAUGCAGCUCUUCUCCGAGAUCUUUGCAUAAGGCGUGGGAAUGUCAGCCCUGGUGACAUGCACAACAGGUGUGUCAAGGUGGGUGGAAGCAGGACCUUGCAUAAUCCUGGCACAAAUUUCAGCUCCUACCCCAAACUGGGGCCAGCCACCUUCCGCUGUGACAAGAUUAUUUGUCUUCAUAACACUGGAUUCAGUAGCUUCGAUAUCCAUUGGCCUAAUGGUGCAGAGGUUUAUCACAUCACCGCCAUAGCUGGUACCACUUUAACAGUGGCAAAGCAGAAGCUGGAGGGGCAGGACAAAGAAGACUGGGCUCGCAGCAAUGAGGGAGCAAAAUGGCAGAAAGGAGAUGGGGUGGAAGAGCCAGAAUAAUGUGCCAGCUCUGUUGUCCAUCAGCUGUUCUGGAAAGGACUGGAUUUAGGUUUGAUGAGGCCCUAAGCCACUGAAGGUAAUGGAGCCCUUUAUAUGUCCAGCUGUCCUUUGUCAACAACACAUUGUCACUGUUUUUUGUGUUGAACAUAUGCUAUAUGGUAAUUUAUAGACCUAAUAGGUAUCUAAAGCCAUUUGCACAUAACAAAAUGUGUAUUUUAGUAUUAGAUGACAGGUACAACAGUUUGACCUACAUUCAACUGUGCUGCACUGCAGUCUGCAGCUGCAUGCUACAUGUUGCCAUGAGCCAGUCCAUGCAGAAUGUAGGCACCCUAUAUAUAGAAAUGACCAAACCAGUAAUAUAUGAGGGAGCAGGCUAGCAGCGGGGCCCAUUACUUACAUCAUAGGAGUCUACACAACAAAAAACACUCUUGCUGUAUGUAGGUUUUAUUUUAUUUCUUUUUUAUCUUGUAUUUUGGAAAUGUACAUCCAGGUGUUUUUUCCUUUAAAUUUUUUGGGGGCCUAAGCUAUAGCUUGUUUAGCUAUACGUAACUCUGGCACUGGUUCUGGAGGGAAGACAGAGGUCUGGAUCCAAUUAUACAAACUCUCUCCUCUGAUCUGUUUAUUAGCAGCAUAUGUACCAUUUUACAGGUCAUGAAUAAAUGGUUAUCAUAGUUCUAAAAAGUGGGGGCAGGGGGAAGCAAUGGCCUGUUAUGAAAGAUGUGGUCUUAGCAAACAAGAGCAAUAAGCAAUAUCAUACUUAGAUGGGAAUCAAAGAUAAGCUACGUAGCACUUUGGUCAGGAGACUAAUGACAGUAAAUAGUGCUGCGUAUACAGUAGAAGAUCAAGCUGGUCUGCACUUUGGACAAGGAACAAGGUGAACUUAUUCUAGGAUGCCAACUAAGAAGGAGGAGGAGGAGUUUGGAUUUGAUAUCCCGCUUUAUCACUACCCUAAGGAGUCUGAAAGCGGCUAACAGUCUCCUUUCCCUUCCUUCCCCACAACACUCUCUGAGGUGAGUGAGGCUGAGAGACUUCAGAGAAGUGUGACUAGCCCAAGGUCACCCAGCAGCUGCACAUGGAGGAGCCGGGAAGCGAACCUGGUUCAUCAGAUUAUGAGUCCACUGCUCUUAACCACUACACCACACUGGCUCUCCAGAACUAAGGCUCUAACCAAACAGGAAAUCUUAACCUUGUGAAAAUUCCUUAUCUACUUUUUCAGAUGAAUGUCUAAAAAAUGCAAGUUCACUUUUUGAUAUGACAGAAAUGACUGCCAAAAUAAGAGGGGCAGCACCUGCCAUCCCAGCUUAUUAUAGCAUUGAAUAUGACAUGCUGUGUGUGCCAAGAAGAUCCAUUUCUAUCCCAAGACUGUUCAUGUACUUUAUGUAUGCAUGUGAAACUAUGGGAAUUGCUUAGAAAUGAAAUGGUCUCUGUUAACCAUAACCUGACCUUACCAAAAAAAACCAACAACAGGCGUUAACAAUGUGUAUCAAACCUUUGUUUGUGAAUCAUCACAUAGACAGACUAAGUGAGAUUAUCGUCCUGUAGUAUUUUGAUGUUCUUUAAUAUAUGAAAUAAGAACGAUUUAUCUGAAGGAGCGUCUCCACCUCCAUCGUUCUACCCGGAAACUGAGGUCCAACACCGAUGGCCUUCUGGCAGUUUCCUCACUGCGAGAAGCCAAGUUACAGGAAAGCAGGCGGAGGGCCUUUUUGGUAGUGGCACCCCCCCCCGUGGAAUGCCCUCCCACCAGAUGUCAAAGAGAAAAAUAACUACCAAACUUUUAGAAGACAUCUGAAGGCAGCCUUGUUUAGGGAAGCUUUUAACGUUUAAUAGGUUAUUGUAUUUUAGUGUUUUGUUGGAAGCCGCCCAGAGUGGGUGGGGAAACCAGCCAGAUGGGCGAGGUAUAAAUAAUAAAUUAUUAUUAUUAUAGUGAUCCUGUACAUGCGUGCCAAGUGCUCCAUUUAUAACAUAUGCAUCUCUUCCUGGUGCUGUUGCCACUGUUCAUUCACAUGCCUCUGCCUCUGUGCCCACUGUGAACGAGCUCCCUGAGGGAAAGGCAUGCUGCCUUCGACUGACAGCUCCCUUAGAGACGGCAGGUGAACAGGCAACAACUGCAGGAAGGAGAAAUGUCAGGGACAGCAGGCUCCAGGGGGUGGUAGUUAGCAUGUUACUGGAACAUGGGUUCUGGCAUGGAUGAUGCAUAUUUCUGGUGCCAGCCCUGUGCACUACAGCACAGUAGUGCUCUGGACAGUGGUGCAAUCAGGGCAGAACUUUGGGGCAGAGGUCCACAGCCUCACUCAGCAGAAGAACUCCUUCAAAGCGAGACUGGUUAAUCGCUUUCCCCCUUAAAGAUGGCGCCUUCGUAAGACUAUUCAGUCCAGAGUCUAAAAUUACAUUACAGCACCAUUGGUUCUUGCAGAUUUCCCAUUAAUUCAGAGAGAGAGAGAGAGAGAGUGCAGGAGAAUUUCAUUUCCCCAAUUGUGACUUGCAUCUGUUUCCAAGUCUGCAUUGUGAAGAGUACAGUGGUACCUCUGGUUGCGAAUGGGAUCCGUUCCGGAGGCCCAUUCACAACAUGAAAAGAACGCAACCCGCAGUGGUGUGUCUGCGCAUGCGCGGGUUGCGAUUUGCCGCUUCUACACAUGCACGUGAUGUCAUUUUUCCUCUCUGCGCAUGCGCGAGUGGUGAAACCAGGAAGUAACCCUUUCCGGGUCGCUGCAGGACGUAUCCUGAACAUGAAGCGGUAACAUGAAGCGGACGUAACAUGAGGUAUGACUGUAUCUCUUUUCCUCACGUUAUCCAGGUAUUCAUCAAAUACAGACCAAGAAAUGGUGGUGCUGAAGAUGGUUGCUGACAGCGGCGAAGACAUUGGACUGUUUAUGUAAGAAUUAUGAAUGUUCCAUUUAAAAAAAUCAAGGGGAGGUAAAUACUAUAUCAGAAUGAUUUUUUUCAGUCACUUUAAUUUUUUUAAAGAUUAGGAUGAUCUGACAGGUGGGUGUGGUGGGACAGAGAGAGAAGAGAGACCACACAAUGGAAAUUUAAAGAAAGUUAGCAGAGAGAGGAGUUUAAAGAGACCUGUGAUAUUGAGUGGAAUCCAGCUGGUGACCCUCACACUCACAGGAGGGCUUUUGAUCCAGUGGAUGUCUCUAUUAAUAAAGAGAGGAGGCAAUCAGUUAUGAGUUGCCAGUCUCUGCAGCCACAGCAGGCGCUGUGAUUCUCCAGCGGUUUGACUUCACCCCUGGAGGUGCAAUCCGUUGUCUCUUGAGAUGGAUGCCAACAACAGCCCCUUAGUAUUUCCUAGGAAACAGAGCUCCAGAGCAGCACAAGAACAGGAAGGUGCUGGGCGUGGGCGGGCACUGCAGGGGACAUGGAGAAUUGGCAAGAAUCAUCUUUUGAUAGAAGCACCCACUUGAUCAAAUAGGUUCUGCGAGCACAAGGGCAACCAUUGCAAAUAGAUAAAGAGAAAAAUCAAGCUGUAGGCUUAGAUGGCAAAGGGAUGUUAAUAGAGACUGGGUUAAAAAGGAAAUACAGAUUUUGAGUCUCUUGAACUAAACAUUCGGGAAAAUAUUCUGACAGCAAGAGCGGUUCAGCAGUGGAACAGACUCCCACGAGAGGUGGUGGACUCUCCUUCCUUGGAAGUUUUUAAACAGAAGUUGGGUGGCCAACUGUCAUGGAUGCUUUAGCUGAGAUUCCUGCAUUGCAGGGGGUUGGACUAGGUGACCCUUGGGGUCCCUUCCAACUCUAAGAUUCUAUGAAUUAAUAAAAAUGUGAAGUAGCCCUUGGUCUAUACAUGUGGCAGAAUGAGGUGACUUUUGAAUGCUUCCUGCUUUGUGUAAUAUAUAUAUAUUAUACAUAUAUAUAUAAUCUUUUUAUGUGAUUUACACGAAUUAUCUAAAAAGGCUGCAUUAGUGAAUAUUUUUAAAUUUUUUAAAAAAUAAUUUUUAUUAAGUCCCAUUUAACAAACCAAUCAUACCACAUUAAUUAUUCCAAAUUAUACCAAUACAUAUCAUAAAGUCCAAAUAUUUUGCCAAAUUAUAAUUUUUUUGUUGGGGGUUCCCAUGCUUCGAGUUCAGUAAGGGUCCAAUCAUCUCAUAUUUCUGCUGCUUUUAGUAUUCACCCGUCCGAUCUUUCAAUCUUCUUGUUGUUAUCCUUUUUCUUCUUAAUAGCCUCUGAGUUAUUUCCACAGGCGAGUUAAAGUAAGCAAUAUUAUACUUCUGUGUGAACUUUGUAAGGCUCUCCCUUUUUUAAAAAGCUGGUAAGCCUUUUGUUUGCAAUAAAUCUUCACACGCUGAUCCAAAAGUCCUCCUCGGGCGGCAAACGCCAUUUUUCUCAGUUCCGAUGAAAUACAGUCUAGACCUUUGCUCAUUAAUUUUCCCAGACAGGUUGCACCAUAAAUUAGUCUUUCCAGAGAAGUUUUGCCAAGUCGAACUUAGAAUACAAACAUGAUAACAGAGUAAUGGCUCACCUCCCCCUUUGACUAUUAAUCUCGCAACAUAGUUUGUCUCAUAAUGGCGGAUCCCGAUUAAAAACUGCAUCACAAGAGAGCCUUUUAUUUUCUUUCCAGAUAUAUCAAAAAACAAAGGCUUUAGUUGAUAUUUUUAUUUUCACACAGUUUAUUUUCCAAUCUCACUUGCUAUAGGUUGUAUGACGGUUCUUCGGGGGGGGUGGGUUGUUAGGUAAUAUCAUAAUAAAAAAAGAAAAAGUCCCCCCUCUUUCCGUUCCGUUUCAACAUACUGGCAUAGAUGUUAUUCUUUAAUGUUAUCUACUUUCCAGUCCAUUCCAUCACUCUUAACUUCUCAGUGGCAGGCUUAAUUAGCAGCUAACAUGCCCUUUUCUUCGCUCGAAGCAUGUGCAAUAAUUCUUAUUUCCAAUUUUUCAUCUUAAGAAAUGCAACUAGAGUCACUCUCAGAGACAGCGUCCGGGAGAUCCGAACUCACUCGAGGGCUUUCCGUCCAGUGCCCUCAUCCCCUCCUUCUUUUGCACUCGGGGGUGAUUUAUGGGCAACCACGGACAAGGCUGCAUCUUCCCUUCCACCGGGAAGAAUUUGGGAGGCUUAUUUACUCCCAUCUCAGCCCCUUAAUUACCUCGUGCGAGCUGGAGAGAUGGUAUUGUCGGCCAUCUUCCAAGGCACCCCUAGCGCCCCCCCCCUGAAUAUUUUUCAAAUUUUUAAAAUUCUUAUUAAUUUUUCUUAGGUGGUUUCCAAUUCACCCUGUCAGUAUGAACAACACCAACCGUCUUACAUGUAGUGACAACGUUGGUUAUGCAGCUCAUCUCCUUGAAGAAGAGAAAAACGUAGGAUAUUUUCAAGGAAAGGUAGGAACCGUUUACUGUGCUCCCAAAAUAAAUUAGGAUUUUACCAAUGCAAUACCUUAUCAAGACUUUCCAAUGUUCAGGCUACUGUGAUCAGUCAGCAUCACUGGUUUAUCAGCCAGUGAUAUCUUCUUUCUUCUUUGGCGAUCACUUAUAGCUGAGUAAGAUUGUCUCCCAUGAUCACGAUCUUAACAGUAAGUCUGUAAGUGACUGUGGAGGCCAAUUUUGGAUCCGCAUGUCCUUCUACAGUGAGGACAUAGGUUUCCAGGUGGGAGCUGAUCAUGGUGAGGGUUUGCCAAACGUAGCUUCCUCUUAGCACGUUUCUCCCUUUCAACCUGAGUUCGAACAUCUUAAAGUCCAUAACACCUUUGAUAGAGGCUGUUCUCCAACUGGAGCUCUCACAGACUGGUGUUUCCCAAUUGUCAAUUUUCAUACUACUUUUGUUUUGUUUUUUAAGUAUUUUUUUAGUUCUAUAGUGUAUAAUUUAUUUUUAGUAUUUUAUUUUUAAUCUUAGCAUGGAGAAGUUAAAAAGGAACUUUUAAAAAACAGUAGUGGAUAUCACCUUUUUCCAGCUGUAAUCUCCCCUUUCUAAUUCCACCUGCUCAAUCCAGCACAGAAUUCUAGUUCAGAAAUUAUGCCCAAAUUCUUGUAAAAUAUUAGUCACAAUCCAGCCAGUUUUAGAUACCACUUCUCUAUAUGGAAGGCAGGAAAUUAUUCACUCUCUAGCUGAAACCAAUAUGAUGUACCAGCACUUAAUUGGAUGGUGCCCUUAAUUUUUACCUCAGUGUUUUACAGUGGCUUUCAAUAAUUGUAUAAUUGGCAAUAAUUGGCAACCAGCAACAAGGUCUGGGUAACCAUUGUUAUCUUCUUCAGUGGGGUUGUUCCGCAACAGAUCACCACACCUUUACAACAUCUGUAUUACCGACUCUCAAACUUUGGGAUUGUUGAAAUAUAUACAACAAAAAAGUAACCAACUGGAAUCGUGUGACUCAAAUUGGGUCUACUAGACCCACAAUUUUUAAGCAGUGUGGACUAAAGUCGCUUCUGGAGUCCCUCAAGGAUUAGAGGCCUUGAAGCUUAAGCUUCAUUAGUUUCCCAGUAGAUCUGCCCUGAUUGGCUUGAUCCAGUAGGGUGUUGUUGUGUUGUGUUAUGUUAUAUAUUGCAAAGAUACUACAGUCUCUAGUGGCCUUCCUUUGAAGGAAAGCAAACCUGAAGUACACACUGCACACCCUGUAACUUCUCAGUGCUUGGAGAUUAGGGUGCUCAUAAAAAAGAGCACAAUCUCCUAAAAAGGGGAUCUAAUGGGAAAGGCAGGUGGAGCUCCAUAGCAGCUCCUCAGCACAGCAAAAAAGGACAGUCACACCACUUUCACACAGCAGCAUAAGAAGUCCGACUCCCCCUCCUGCCACAUAGUUUCUCACCUUGUAAGGGAAAUGUCUACCUAUACAGGUGCUCAGUGUAUAAACAUUACAUCACACAAAGUUGAGGGACAUGAAAUGAAGGGAAACAACAAAGAUAGCAGAGAUGUUGGGCUCCACUGUGAUAAAGGACCAUUUACUUCCAUUAUAUCAUGCCAUAUAUGACUUAACUGAGGUGGAUGGGAGAAUCUAGGUGAUGCAUGCUAUCUAGUGAGCAUUAACUGGUUUCACAUUCUUGCAUCUACAAACAUUUUCCGUGAGGCACAAAAAUGAAUGUGUGGCAGACAUUUUGCAGCAAUAUUUUGGAUGGCAUCACCAAUGAGACCAUUCCUCCCCUUGCAGGGGCCGUAUGUAGCAGGUUUUGCAUCAUCUAACCUGGGAGAUGUGUCUCCAAACACAAAAGGUCCACAUUGCAUUAACACGGGAGAGUCGUGUGAGAACUUCAACAAUUACUGCCCAGUAGGUGGGGUAGGUAUCAUUUUAUCUUGAUUUAUUUAACAAGGUUUAAAUAUUGCCUAAUCAACAAAAACCUUUGAGUGGCUCACAUAGCACAGGAUAAAAUACUCCUUAAAACCGACUGCUAAAAUCAAUCUAUGUCUAGAUUGGUUUUGUCUCCUCUCCAGUUUCAAUUAUAGGGUUCCCAGUGCUUCCCUCACACCCUCUAAAACCUCAAUAAGCAGGUUUAGCAAAACCACAACUCCUACAUACUCAGCCAUCUAUAAAUGUCUCGGUAUUUCUGUUUCAGCAUACUUUGUACAUAAAUUAUCUCAAGAGGAGUUUCAGAUACUCAUUAAAUACAAAAUUACACUACUGCUGCCCAAGUUAAAUGCCGCUGGCUAAUUACAUCUUUACCCACGGAAAGAGUUUAGAAUUGUUUGUACUGCGCUUUUGCAAAUGGUGCUUCAUCCAGCACCAUUCUAGCUGACAUAAUGAAUUAGGCCAGUAGCAAUCCUGAUGGCACAACCAAAUGGCUUGAGCUCAGCCUGUGAAUUUGGCCAGAACCUAGGUGAAAUGCAGCCAACGUUUAUAGCAACCAAUUUCAUGAACUUGGGGAGUCAUUCUGAGCAUCUCUCAAACCAGGACAAUGAUCCACAAUAACCCAGUUUUCUGUAGCUGCUGUUGAGGUUUUUGUCACAGUUCAGUUUAAAGGCGUGGUGUGCGGCUGAUGCAAAUGCUAUUUCCCCAUUCCCAUUCAGUACCAAUAACUUCUGUUAUUUGCAUGUGCCUUUCCUCGAAACUCACAAUGAGAUGCCAGACUGGCAAACAAGGAAAGGGACAUAUGAGAUCAAAUAGUGGGUUUGAUCUCAUUUUGGGGUGGGGGUGGGGGGUUGCAAAGACGACAAAUGAAAUCCAUUCCACAGUAGUGGAGAAACAGCAUCCUCCCUGGUGCCCCCAGAGUGGCCUGUGGCAGUGUUAGAAUUCUAUUCAGGACAUCUUUCUAUCUUCCCUACAAGAUGAGUGAAAGGGAAAUAUUUAUUUAUUUAGCAUAAAUAAAUAUGUGCGGUGCUUUACAGAGCACCAGAGGCCACGUUCCUGCCUCAGGGUGCUUACAAUCCAAAAAUCAACUGAGAGAAAAUCAACAAGAGGAAGGGACUCUGGUUAAGAUGGUGUCAGGUCAGAAAGCUGGCUCCGGAGCUCUGCUGAUCACAUGAUUUUAAUUGAGUUUUAAUUGGUUUUAACUUGUGCCAAAUCAAUGGUUUUAUCAACAAGAGGAAGGCGAGGAGAGGCGGAGAGUUACUAGAGAAGCAACUGGUGUGUUUGUCUCAAUUGUGUGCACCUAGAGUAGAACAUAGGAACUGAGCUGCAGGAGCAAAGAUCACAGGGAGAGAUGUACUAUUGGGAUAAGAGAUAAGUGGGGAGACAGUUCCUUCUGAUCACACUGGGAGAAAAGAGAUAAGCCUCCCCACUUCCUGAUAAGGGUCCCUCCCCUUCAAUGCCUGAAUUUAAGCAAGGAAAACUAGAUGCACAGGUGCCUGUUCUGUAUCUAGCAAGCAUCUUGGCCGGCCCUAAGGCCCAAUUCAUAUAUUUUCCUAGCUAUGUAGGAGUCCCAUAAUAGCGGAGUAAUAUAAAUAAGUUUCCUGACAGUGCAGGUCCAUGGAAUUAUGAUGGAAAUACAUAUAAGAGCUGCCCUCUUUGAUAAAACUGCUACAACAGUUUUUGCCUCUGUAUACUAUAGUAUAAAACUAUAUACUAACAGUUUGUGCCUUUCCCCUUUUAUUUGUUCUUUCCAAUGUUAGGCCACAAAGUGCAUAGCUUCAGGUCCUGGCAAGGAUAUGUUUGAGAGCACCAAAACAAUUGGCAGAAACAUCUACUUGAAAGCGAAGGUAAGCUUUGAUGGGUUGAAAUUCUAGGAUGCCUUUGUGUUUUAAAAACAAGCAUUCUUCUGACAAUUAAGUUUUCAUCUGUAAGUCUUUGAAAAUGCCUUUGACCAUUUCUUCCAGCUGGAAAUAGGUAGGUAAAGGUAAAGGACCCCUGGACGGUUAGGUCCAGUCAAAGGCAGCUAUGGGGUGCGGCACCCAUCUCGCUUCAGAGUUCUUUUUCCAGUCCAUUCCAAGGACAUAGGGAGAGUCACAAUACAUUCUUAUCUUACUUCAUAUUGAUAGGCACCUUAUCUGACAGGUAAGGCUGAUGGUAUGUAACUAGUUCAAACCCAGGAAGCGCUACUGAAUAGUGAUGACUGAAUAGUUUGCUGUGAAUUUCUUCCUCUGAAAUAUUGUUGGUCAUACCAGCCUGACUCCUAUUCAAUAGAGUGGGAAUAAAUAUCACUAUUGUGCACAAACUAGCUGUGCCAUAAACAGUUCCUACCAUUCUAGUAGGGGGUGGUGGUGUGUUGUUGUUGUGUUUUGUUUUUUAAAAAAAGGCAAAUAUCCAUGACCUAUUAAGACUCAGUUCAGAUACCCAGGAAGGAUAUAGAUCAUUCUUGUCCUCAGAAGAAGCAGUUCUAUUCCAUAGAGUAGUUGAUCGUUGUUCUGGCUUUCUUCUCUUCCAGUAUUACCCCCUCCUAACUAGCAGAGAAGAUUAAAUCGGCUGCAUGAGAGAGAACAAUAGAACAGAAAAAGGACCGCCAGUAAUGACGAUUCACCCAAGGCUAAUAUGACGUGCAGAGAUGACUCUUGGGAGUGGGGCAGAGAUGAUGGCAUCCUUCUGUACACGAUAGCACUGCACUUGUCGGGACAGUGCUGGGGUUGCAGUGAAAUCAGCAAAUGUCUGGGGCAGGUGCAGUGUUCCCAAAAGUGUAUCCAUUGCUCCCACCCCAGAGCUCACCCAACCUUGCCCCAUCCCAAAUGCCCUGUCGCUGCCUCCGGAAGGGUACCACUGCCUCCACUUCUCACCCCCUCAGGAACCAACUGUUGACAUGGCUGAGACUCACUCCAUCUCAGGAGCAAAUAGCAAAGCAAGGAGGGGGAGGCUAUGCAAUAGGGGCUCCAGCCUUCCUAUGUGUAGGGGAAGUUGGUAGGACAGAGCCUCCGGAAAUAUAAGCAUGCAGAUUAGGGUGGGUUUUCCCAUGACUGCCAUUUGUAUUUCAGGAACUGUCUAUGAAGGCCUCCGAAGAGAUAAGUGGCCCCAUCAGAUCAAGUCACGAGUGGGUGGACAUGGCUAACUUCACUGUGCAGCUCAAUGCUACUCACUCGGUAAAGUAUCAGCAGCCACCUUGGAAGUCUGUUGCUAGGUAGAAAGUCAGCAAAUAAACAACAAUACAGAGGCAUUUACAAAGCGCACCUUAACUUUUUCAUUAUGCUUUUCUCAAGGGAAAAACAUGUAAACCUGCUAUGGGGUACAGCUUUGCUGCUGGUACUGUAGAUGGACCAGGCGUCCUGAAUUUCACUCAAGGCAAGUGGAGAUAAACAUUACAGUUGACUUGCAACUUGCACACUUUUAACUUGCGCGAUUACAGCUUUGCAUGCCUGGCAUGUUGGGUUCCAGAGAGAGGGAUGAUCACACAUGGUAAGUUCAGGCUAUGCACUAUUUUUCCCUUUGUGUACAGUCCCUGGAAACUAAUACCCACAAAAGUUGUAAGUUGUCUGUAUAUGUUUGCUAAUUAUUGGGGGGCCACUAGGGGCGCAUUGGAAGAUGGCCGACAAUACCAUCUCUCCGACCCACACGGGGUAAUUAAGAGGCUGUUAUGGGAGUAGGCAGCCUCCCUUGUUGCCCCAAGGAAAUCGGGAACACUGCCCUUGCCUGCUGUGCCCAUAAAUCACCCCCUAAUUCGAAAGAAGGGGUGAGGGCCCUAGGCAGAAUGCCCCCGUGUGGACAUCGGCUCUCCUGGAUGCUGUCUCUGAUCGCGCACUAGUUGCAGCAAUUUGGAAUAAUUAAUUACAAAAGAAGCAAAUGCACAUAUUUCAAGUGAAGAAGGGGAGUGAAAUCUGCUAAUUUAAGUGACCUCUACGAAAGAAGACGACGGGCUGGAGAAACAGGAAUAUUUUACGAUGAAGAUACACUAAAGGCGGGGUAUGUUGACAAUGGGGCUGAAUGGGGGGGGGACCUUUUUUACUUUCCUUCUAUGUGAUUUACAAGAACCCCUCCUCAUUAGAACCGUCGGUUGAACUGACCCAAGCAGGAUGAUUAAGGUCUGUGUGGAGAUAAACUUUAACCAAAAGUAUGCUUUAUGGAGACCGAGAAGCAAUAAGAGCUUUUGGGAAUGGCGCAGCAAUUAAUUCGGAGUCGCCAUCUUGCCAAAGGAUUUACAGCCGGGAGGAAGAACAGAUUUGUUUUCAGACUGCAUUCCUAGUGAAUCUCCUCAGAGGUUUUGAGAAAGGAGGCAGAUUGGUGAAGAUUAAUGACGCUAAGACUGUUUUGAUGUAUGGAAGUGAUGUUAUAUGGAAAACAUCUGGAUAUGGCUACUGGAUUAAAAAAAUAUAUAUAUCCACGCAGGAUUACAAACUGUUCUAACCAGCUUGCGGAGACCAUCAGAGGUCACAAAGAGAAAGGAAAAAUAUAUGAAAAUAACAAGAGAUGUGGAAAAAUAAUAAGAAAGGACUGGAUAGUACUGUAAACAUCAUAAGGUUAGAUUUGUGGACAUUAAAACAGCAGUAAGAAGCAAGAAGUUGAUUGGAUCCCUUCGGAACUUGAAAUAUGGGUACCCCCAACAAAAAUUUAAAAUUCGGCUCUGUAAUUUGGAAUUUAUGUAAUUUGGUUUGAUUUGAUGUGAUUGGUCGGUUAAUAAAAAAUAAUUCUUAAAAAAAAAAUGUUUGCUAAUUAUUGUUAUUGAUUGUAUAACAUUUUGUGAUCAGUAUGGACCUUGAAAUCAGCUAGUGUUGAUUUGGAAGGGUCGGAUAGCUUCUAAUCUGAUCUGAUUUCACCACUGGCCUAAAACUCACCCCUCAGGUGGCCCACCCCAAGAUGGCUCCUAACUUCAGGUGUCCCUCUCUUGUGCACACCAGCUAGGCCUUAAACACCCUUAGUCUGAUUUUACCCAAAUGAUUAAAAAGGUAAUGGACCCCUGACAGUUAAGUUCAGUCACAGAUGACUCUGGGGUUGCGGUGCUCAUCUCGCUUUACAGGCGGAGGGAGCCAGAGUUUGUCCUCAGACAGUUUUUCAGGGUCAUGUGGCCAGCAUGACUAAGCUGUUUCUGGCAAAACCAGAGCAGCGCAUGGAAACACCAUUUCCGCCAGAGCUGUACCUAUUUAUCUACUUGCACUUUUUGGCGUGCUUUCGAAACUUCUAGGUUGGCAGGAGCUGGGACCAAGCAACAGGAGCUCACCCCAUCGCGGAGAUUCAAACCGCGACCUUCUGAUCGGCAAGCCCAAGAGGCUCAGUGGUUUAGACCACAGCACCACCACAUGAUUUGUAUCCUCCUAUGCUUACGUAGACUACUGUGAGAUAAGCCAUGUUGUGGACAGCAGUUCCCACUGCUGCAGGCAAUGUUUGUUAGUCAGCUUAGUUCAGAGGGUAAUGAAAUCGCACAGCCUUCUGCAGUGAAAAUCAUGAGCACUAUUAAAAGUAGGGCAGCGGCCAUUAAAAUGUGGUAAGGAAUCUUUCUUUGAUCUCUCAUUUCGACAUAAAUGUUUUUCUCUAUAUUAAAGUUCAGUUGGUUGAUUAAUCAUCUCAAACUCUUUAAAUGAUGGGUAGCUGUAAUUAGCAGCUUUUUAUAGCUUGGGGACAUGGGUGGCGCUGUGGGUUAAAAAACAGAGCCUAGGACUUGCCAAUCAGAAGGUUGGCGGUUCAAAUCCUCGCGACGGGGUGAGCUCCUGUUGCUCGGUCCCUGCUCCUACCAACCUAGCAGUUCGAAAGCAUUUCAAGGUGCAAGUAGAUAAAUAGGUACCACUCCAGCGGGAAUGUAAACAGCGUUUCUGUGUGCUGCUCUGGUUUGCCAGAAGCAGCUUAGUCCUGCUUGCCACAUGACCCGGAAGCUGUACGCCGGCUCCCUCGGCCAAUAAAGCGAGAUAAGCGCCACAACCCCAGAGUCGGCCACGACUGGACCUGAUGGUCAGGGGUCCCUUUACCUUUACCUUAAGUCAUACUUGACAGCAAUAUGAAUUAGUGAUAAUGUUUUUGGAGGAGCCUAAGCUAUUUGUUUUUUUUCAAGGUAAUGGAAUCGAAACUACAUAUCCAUCAGGCUUCUUUUGAAAAUGCUGUGCGUGUAUUUUUUAAAUGCACAUAAUAGGUUUUUAUAUUAGAACUAAAGCUAGGCAUUCAUUCUCAACAUAUAUAUUAUUUCAAAAAUAAGUAAAAUAUUAACAGGUUACCUGCUAAAGAAAAAUGUGUUCAGCAGCAGCAUGAGACUAACAUUUAAUGUGCUUUUUAUAACAAAAUAGCAUGAGCUUCCAUGAGUAACCACAUGAGAACAUGACAAGAACCCUCUGGCCCAUUUAGUCCAAGACUGUUCUCACAGUGACCAGCCUUAUACCCUUAGCUACCUACUUCUUGAGAUGCCCGGUUGGAACCAGUGGAAAGGAAGGUGGAAAUGUCAGGCAAAAACCAAUCAAUAGAAAACACUCUAAUGCUCUUAAAAUAGUAUGGAAAUAGUAUGGCUCAUGCAGAAUAUAAUGUUCAAAGCAACAUCCUCUCUCUUUAGCUCCAGCUUUUUGCCUUCAAAAAUCUAAUAAACACCUCUUAAACUAUCUUACAUAUUUGUUGACAGGCACAACAGAAGGCAAUUCAUUGUGGGAUGCACUUCGUGAUGCAUUACUUGUUGAGCCAUCCAAUGAAACAAAAGAAUGCCACAGUCCGAAGCCCAUCCUGAUUCCUACAGGAGAGGUAUGAAACAUGAGAAUUUGCUGCCAGGAGUGAAUCCAUUUCAGCUCAGACUUGAGUAAUCUAAUUGAUGUGGACCUAGAUAGUCAACAUAAUGCUGUGCACACCAGUCUUCUCUGAGCAAAAAGGCACUUUCCCAGGCUGGUUUUCCUGGAAGAGGCUGAUUGCCAUUGUGCAAUAUUUGAGUUUAUUUACAAAUAAAAUAGGUGAAGCAUAGAUAGAGGCGCAUCUCCUCAUACCUCCAUUCACUUUUCUCUGAUCAGUCACUAGUCCCCACAAUUUUGGUGAGGAUGAGGAUGGACUGUUUCAGAGGACUCAGCUAGAUUGGUAAAGAAAAAGCGAUUGAUAUGCAUUAUAUAUGCGAUAUAACAUUGUGCCACCAGAUAGCGCUGUGGAGCCCCGUUUUUCUCUACACGUUUUCCCUGUUUAAAUUUAGAAUGCUUUUAACUGAAACGCUUCUUUGAUGUGUCUAGAUUCAGCCAGAAUGGCAUCUUUCAGAAUAAAAGCUAACAUGAGAUUCUCAUUUACUUCCUGAAUUUCUUAAGCUUUCAAAACCUUACCCAUGGCACCCACAUGUGAUUGAUGUUCAAAUAGCAACCAUUGGAUCUGUGGCAAUAGUGGCUCUUCCAGGAGAGUUUACGUAUGUAUUCACAUUCUACGUUGAUAGUAAAGUGCAUUCAUUAAUGUGUGUUAAGGACCUUCACAGUGCGUUCAAAAGCAGGAUAAAUAGUUGAAGGGAAAGAGAUAGUUCUGAAAGACCUGCAGCUGUGCAUUUGGAAAUGGAAUGAAAAACAGCUGGGAAAGUGGAAAGGUCAAACAGACAAUAUGAGUGGCAUAUUAGUUCUGUAUUAAAGUACUGCAAACUUAAAAGGAGAAGGUCCAAUGCUUUUUUUUUUUUUUAAUAAUAAAAAAGGUGCCAGUAUUCACCAUGAAGUUGUCCAUUAAGUGCCACACUUUCAACAUUUGCAAAAAAAAAAAGGUGGGGGAAAGGUGGAGCUGGUACUAAGUAAUAAUAAUAAUUUAUUAUUUAUACCCCGCCCAUCUGGCUGGGUUUCCCCAACCACUCUGGGCGGCUUCCAACAGAAUAUUAAAAUACAAUAGUCCAUUAAACAUUAAAAGCUUCCCUAAACAGGGCUGUCUUCUGAUGUCUUCUAAAAGUCUGGUAGUUGUUGUUCUCUUUGACAUCUGGUGGGAGGGUGUUCCACAGGGCGGGUGCCACUACCGAGAAGGCCCUCUGCCUGGUUCCCUGUAACUUGGCUUCUUGGAACGAGGGAACCGCCAGAAGGCCCUCGGUGUUGGAUUUCAGUGUCCGGGUAGAACGAUGGGGGUGGAGACACUCCUUCAGGUAUACUGGACCGAGGCCGUUUACCCUUGAAUACUCCCAGAAAAAAUAGCACUGGAAAAGAUCCAUUCCCGUUUGACUUUGUACACAUUAGCAUAGUAACUAUGUUAUAUUUAAUACACAGUGGACACAACUGAGCAAAAGAUAAGUCAUGAUUAAGGUUGCAAUUCUGUGCCCAAUUACCUGCAGUAAUAUAGGGCUGCAGUAUCAGUCGUAUUUAAAGCAAUGGGACUUAAUCUAGUCACUAGCUUGUUCUCUAAGUUUCAGCUUAACUUAAAGAGUAGCUCUGAUCUAGAUCUACAAGUCCUUUUCUAUUCCCUUGUGCAAUGUCAGAGAUGUCAGUAAUUGUUUUUGCCCUUCUCCUAAAUCCCCUACAGAUUUUGGAAGUACAAAUCCCAUCAACUCCAGUCAGCAUGACCAUGGAAGGGAUAGCCCAUAACAUCUAGAGGGCACCAAAUGGGGGGAUGCUUAAUAGUAGUAGUAGUAGUAGUAGUAAUAUCUGUGUUACAUCCAUAGAUCUCAGGGUGGUUCACAACAUAAAAAAUCGGUUCUGUACCAAUCACCUACAAACCUUCAAGGUGCUUUGAUAGUCUUGAAACCUGAUUUACUUACAGCUCAGUGGGAGGGUAUGGACAUUGAUGUAUCUGUUUUCAUGUUUCUCAGGACAAUGGCUGGUAGAAGGGUGCGUGAAGCUGUUAAAAGUGUAAGUUCACAGCUUUAAAAGUAUAUGGGAUUGCCCAUAAGACAAUUCUCCCGCUCUUGAUUUAUUCAUUUCCCCUUUGAAUCAAUAAGGUAAAGGUAAAGGGAACCCUGACCAUCAGGUCCAGUCGUGGCCAACUCUGGGGUUGCAGCGCUCAUCUCGCUUUACUGGCCAAGGGAGCCAGCGUACAGCUUCCGGGUCAUGUGGCCAGCAUGACUAAGCUGCUUCUGGCUGAAUCAAUAGACUAUUAUAAAAAGCUAGCUUGGGCAAUAGUUUCUUUCUACUAGUCCCAUCCCAUCCUGCUCACAUGCCACUGCCACAGUCUUGCUAAACUGAGGAGGAUUUAACCCCCACCCUACUUAUCAGCUGAUGAGCGGAGGGUCAAAUUCUGCUGCUUUGGCUAUGCACCCUACAGGCCCAUGCAGCUAAUGCAUGAUUCAAUCCCAAGGUCAUUAGUUCUGAAUAGUCAUUAGUUCUUCUGCUUCAUGCCGAUUGACUCAUUUGUGCACCUGUUUCUUAGGAAUUUGAGAGUCAAGGGAAACCAAGAAUGAACAUUAUACUUUCGGGACUGUGUAAUAUUUAUACCCACUAUGUAACUACUUACGAAGAAUACCAGGUAAAUAAACUGGCACCACCCUUGUACAAAAUUUCUUUUUCUUUCAUAUCUGACCAUCUUUCAUUACAGCUGCAAACUCAUUAACACCCACACCAGCAAAUGAAUGACUCAAAAUUACCUCCAGAAAAAUUGUGGAUAGAUUGGAAGCCCCAUGUGCAUAUAAAGGCACUUUUCGAAGGUACCUGUCAUCUAGUAAUUUAGCAGGAGCAUGAAACAACAAUAAACCCCAGAGGGCCUGCUCCCUGUUUUUCUGUUGAUGCCACUACACCUCAUUACACUCCCACAGGGAGUGGAGGUUAUUGUUCCUUGUCCUUGCGCACAGAAGCCAGAUCAGAGCAGCCGGUCCUCCUUCACCACCUGAGGCAAAACAGGAAGAUGCCACCCUGCCUCUGCCUAGCUUACAGGGGUCACAUGGCAACUUCGGCACGUCUCCAGAAGAAGCCACCACCACCACACAAAAGCAGCAGGGGCAGGCAGGGCACUUUGGCAAGUUCUGAGGCCCUUGAUGCCAGCCCAGAACUCAGGUGUUUUCCUAUGUCACUUCACAGGUUCAACGAUACGAAGGAGCAUCCACCAUUUUUGGACCACACACCCUUUCUGCUUACAUCCAGUCAUUCCGUGCUCUGGCCAGGGCUAUUGCUAAGGUAAUUGCUGAGCUGUACAGAUGGGACUCUCUAUAUUUAAUUGAAACAGAAGUGCGGUCUUUUCUUUUGUGUUCUUCAAGGGCUAUUUCGUAAUGCAGCUUGGACGCUCAGUAUUUAGGACCGGCUCUACCAUUAGGUAGAUGGUGGCAGCGCUAAGCUCUUGCCUCUUCCCUUUUCCAUGCCUGUACAGUGGUACCUUGGGUUAGGAACUUAAUUCAUUCCGGAGGUCCGUUCUUAACCUGAAACUGUUCUUAACCUGAAGCACCACUUUAGCUAAUGCGGCCUCUUGCUGCUGCCGCUGCACUGCCGGAGCACGAUUUCUGUUCUCAUCCUGAAACAAAGUUCUUAACCCGAGGUAUUAUUUCUGGAUUAGCGGAGUCUGUAACCUGAAGCGUAUGUAACCUGAAGCGUAUGUAACCCAAGGUACCACUGUACAUCAUUAAGACGCAACAGACCAUUGCCAUUUCAAAGCAAAUUUAACUCAUUUCAGGAUACUGUUCCAGACUUGCCCAAACUCCCAGAGCCAGUCAUUUCCAACAUAAGCCUGAACCUUUUGCUUCCUGUUCUUGAUGCAAAACCACUUGGUAGCAAAUUUGGGGAUGUCGUACAAGAUGCACGGUCAACGUACAGGGUGGUAUGUAUACCAUUUUUUUAAAAAUAAAAUACUACGGUGUUCUUCUUUGUACUAUUUUGAACAUGGAAAUUAUGCAGUUUCUUAACUUACAUCAAAUAUACUAAUUAAGGAUAUGCAUUUAGGAAAUAGAAUUAGAAGUUAGAAUGGUAGUAGCCCCAUUAAUAUUCAUAUUGGAUUAAAUAGACAUGAACCAAAAGAACUCCAAAUGAGAUAACCCCAAACACUUUUUUUCAUUAAUUAUUUUCAGCCUUCUUUUUCCACACACACCCUUUCCAGAUUUAUUUAGCUCUACACACACACACACUCUACUCCAACACACACAUGAUGAAAGUUGGGCAACUGAAGGGGUGUCGCCCCCCCCCAAUGCUUUUAUGUUGGAAGUGGACUUUUUUUGCCCCACUGCGCAGAUCUGUGCAAAGUUAGCUUCUGAAAUGCAAUCUGAAUUUUGAAAUACAGAAGAACUAAAUCUGAAUUAACAAAAUACAAAUGAAAAACAUACGAAAGAAAUUACGAAAAUAAUGUUUAACCCCCCCCCCCAAAAAAGGUAAGAAUAUAGCCACUACCCUCCAUUCCUCUGAGUUCUUUAUUGAACCAAAACAGCACCAUUUGUGCAACAGAGAAAUAACCCCACCCUCUUUUCAAAGCCACUGUACAAUACAGCACAUUCCUUUAUGUCUGUUUAAUGGCUGCUACUAUAGUAGGAGCUGAACAAACACCACCCUAGUGCUCAGAGGGAAGUAGCGAUCAUCACCUGACCUCCUUGCGCAGGAGCAGUGUUGUGUGGUGUGUACACACAACAUAGCGUUCGUUUCCUCAAGAACAAUUCUCUCUCUCACACCUCAGGGCGAAGUUGUCGAUGUUCAUUUUGUUGGUGCAAAUCCAAGGAAUUCUGCAGCAAAUAUGGUAAGAAUCUUCAGGGACAGGUUUUUUCUGGGUUUGUUGGUUUCCAGCCCCUCCCCCCCAUCUCCCUGCAUUUAUGUGCAGAGAUUUGAGGUGCAAGAAAUAUGGGAGCAUAAGGGAUACCGAGAGGAAACAAAGGUGAGGAAGGAAUAGCACUGGGAACUUUAAAAACACAUUGUUUGAAAAAAACAUUUAUGCCAACGCGCCUCUGCAGAGGCAAGUCUCAUCUCAUGCUUCUCGUGAUAAUCUCUGGGUCACUGUUCUGUAAACUUUUUUUUUUCCAGACCAGUUUCACAUUUCUCAUAGUAGAGAAAUUUGACAAUGCUUCCAGAAGUUGGCAAGUAGUGCAUGAUGAUGCCUCAUGGGACACCAGGUGAGCCAAUUAAAAAAUAAUAAUACAGAGAACUGGCAGGAGUUACAUUUUCCUCAAACUGCUGUGGGCCAACCUUUUCACAAUCCUAAAAGCAUUGCUUGCAGGUUGCAGCAAUCCUCUUUUUUUAAAAUGCAAAUAGCAUCUUUAAGAGGGAGACAAUCAGUAAGGGGACAAUUGUAGGCAGGGAGAUUUAACCCUUAUGCUUCUCUGCCAAAGUACUGACGAAAAUUCCUUGGUACAAGAUGCAAGUUCUUCUUGGUUCCAGUGAGAGCUUCUAUUCCAUUCCAAACAGCAAUUUACAGAGCAGUGGUUUUUAUUGGGACCACAACCUGGGAGGGAAUUUUUCUUUCGAAGCCUCCCCAUGUGUCAUGUAGCUUGUUCUUGAUUAUGUCCUCCAAAAGCAAUGACAUGCACCUCUGCUUCCAGAUUUGUGGAAUGCACUCCCCAGGGAGGCUUGCUUGGUGCAAUCUUUUAUCAAUUUGGGGGCCACCAGGCAACUGCAUUCCUUUUUGUGCAAAAUUAUCACUGAUGCAGCCUGUUUCAUACAGUAGAAAUGGGAAGUAUAAAUGUGAAAAUACGAAGUUGAUGAAUUGGCUUAUAUAUAGGUAUAUUAUGUUAACCUUCAGCAAUUAUGGCUUUAAAUGUCUCAACAUCUAAUUUGAAAUUUGUUGCUCGUAAUAUCAGGGCCCUUGCUCAUCCCAGUUGGGCAUAGGAAGCAGACACCAUGAAAUGCAAACUGUGACAUUUCAGAUAGCUAUCUGGACAUCCCAUAGUCAUUAGCUUGCCCACGUUCCAAUAAAAAACUACUACCGGUAAUUGCAUGCUUGCAAUCUCAUUUCCCAAUCCUUUCCUGAAGACAAGGGACUGGGAAGCACACAACAGGGAUCCAUCGUGUCCCUUUCUCCCAUAGAAUCAUUGAACUGUAGGGCUGGAAGGGGCCACAAGGCUCAUCUUGUCCAAUUCCCUGCAGUGCAGGAAUAUUUUGCCCUAUGAAAUGUACUUUUCUGGUAACUGUUGCUUGUGUAUUCUCUGACUUGGCUUAAUCCAUCACCCUCACUCUCCCAACCAGGUUCAUCUGGCAAAAAGGCAACUGGGGACAAAGCAUAUCUCAAUUACAAUGGCACAUUCAAAACAAUACUGAACCAGGAACUUACAGACUACAAUACUUUGGUCACAGCAAAGAAUUGCUGAGCUCAAUUCGGGCAUUUAAUGGCUCAUCUUCCACAUUUGAAGUUUCAAACUGA